GUGCCACAAUUUCCUGUGUGUUAGGAAACGAGGGACAGGAAGAAGCUUCCUCAGUUCAGGGAUCGGUUUUGAGGAAAGCUGAGCUGUAAAGAGGAAUUCUGGCGUUUCCACACUCGCUCCUGGCCAAGCAGCGCUUGAGGCAAAGACGGAUCACUUCUGCGGCGGAACCUCUGCGCUGCGGGUCAAGUUGCAUCUGGGGGCCGGUUUCACAACCGUACUCGGUGCGCUCUGCACAGCGCAGGCCGGGCUUUCGUCGCUUUCCCCCCCGGACUGGCUGGUUCUCUCUGCCAUGGAGACGCUGGCGGCGGAGCUGGGAGCUUCAACUCCGGAGCAAGCGGCGGCUCCCGUAAACACGGUGGAGGUGAGAAGUUGGUAAAAGGAGAAGGAAGCAGGGGAGAGACGGGGGCGGCGCCUUGGCUGCCGAGGCGCCUCCUCGCUGUGGAAAACUAAAUACGACGCCUCGGGGCGGCUUCAGGGGGACGCGCGCUCCGGCUCUUUCGGGCCUUUGUUUGGCCCCCGAGGCAGAGGGUGGGAGUGCAUGCGCAGAGCUCCCCUUUCACUCACCUGAUACUCUCUUCCCCGUUUCGGGGAUACAGCAGGGACAAGUCGGUUGGCGGGUCCCAGGGUAGUGAUGGGAUGGGAAACCUGUGGACCUCCAGGUGCUUUUCUUUAAAAGACUCCAGCUCCCAUCUUCCCUGCCCUUUUGCCAUGCUGAGUGGGCUGAUGGGAGUUGGAGUCCAAUAGCCUUUGGAUGGUCACAUGGUCCAUAUCCCUGGUGUAUCUGCGCAUCAGAUGAACUGGAGUUUCCCCCUUUCAAUAUUUUGUAAUAGUGAUUAGUAAGACUUGGACUUCCUUAAUCUUCUUUAAGCUAUCUUGGUGAACUUGUUGGUGGGAGAGGGGGCAUUGUCCUUGCUGCUAGGUAAAGGUAAAGGGACCCCUGACCAUUAGGUCCAGUUGUGGCCGACUCUGGGGUUGCGGCGCUCAUCUCGUUUUAUUGGCCGAGGGAGCCAGCGUACAGCUUCCGGGUCAUGUGGCCAACAUGACUAAGCCGCUUCUGGCGAACCAGAGCAGCGCACGGAAAUGCUGUUUACCUUCCCACUGGAGCGGUACCUAUUUAUCUACUUGCACUUUGAUGUGCUUUCGAACUGCUAGGUUGGCAGGAGCAGGGACUGAGCAACGGGAGCUUACCCUGUCGCGGGGAUUCGAACCACCGACCUUCUGAUCGGCAAGUCCUAGGCUCUGUGGUUUAACCCACAGCGACACCCGCGUCUACUUACCUGUUAAUCCGAAUGGCACAAGGCACUUCCACCUGCUCUUGUCACAUGGACGCUGUCCGGAUAAUGUUUGUUUGCUAUCAAAUAAAAAAAUGCACGUUAAAAAAGAAAGAAAGAAACGUUACUGUAGCACACAUAGACAAAAGCCUACAAGCAUUGCCAUCUCUCUUUGUGACUCUGCUGUUCUGGAUCUCCUAUGACCGAUAGCUUCCUAGGUCUUGAGGUUUGAUGAGAAGUUUCAGGGGCUCUAGAAGAGAGGGGCUAAAGUGCAAGGACUGAGCUGGUUUCUCUUUGGCUUAAUGGGUUAUUUUGCGAUUUAUCAGGAGGGCCAUAGCUCAGUGGUAGAGCAUCUGCUUUGCAUGCAGAAUGUCCCAGGUUCGAUCCCCAGAAUCUCGCAAGUAGAGCUGGGAGAGACCCUUGCCUGAAACCCUGGAGAGCUGAUGCCAGUAAUGUAAGCUAUGUACAUUGCCUUGAAUUCCAUGAUGGAAGAGAAGACGACACAAAUGAACUUAAUAAAUAAUUAGACCUCAGUCAUCCACAUCUGUGAGUUAGAGUAAUUGACUUUAAGAGCUUGCUUGAUGAUCUAAAAAGUGUUAUUACUACUAAUAAGAUCAAUAUCAACCUACAAGUGAACUAAGCAUUUUACAUAGAAGCGUAUAUACCGGUUUAGCUUCUUGAAAAUUGAUUCUCCAUCUUUUAAAAGUUGUUUUAUGCUAUACCUUUGUUUUCAGGAAAAAUGGAGAUUACUUCCAGCGUUUCUGAAGGUUAGUAUAUUUGUGCAGUUGCCAUUGAUGGUAUUUACAGGUUUUAAUAAAUUGAAGUAAAUUGAAAAUGAAAAUCUGAAAUAUUCUCAUUGUUUUCAUUAAUGAUAAGUACUGCAAGCACUGACUAUAGCUGGUGUACAUUUUCAGUCAUGUAAGUGCCCUUCUUUUAGGAAGCAUAAAUUCAUUCUUUGAGUUGGUUGAAAAAUUGGUUUUCAUGAGUGAUGUUUAAGAUUUGGACGGUAAAUUUUAUUUUGAGUGCUAAUUAAAUGAUGUCUCUUUAUGCAUUUGGAUGUUUUUGUUCUGGGCUUUUUUCUUUUUGUUUCUUUUUAAUACCCCAGGUAAUGUUCCUUUGUGAUUAUUUUAGGUGAAAGGUCUUGUAAAGCAGCACAUAGAUUCAUUCAAUUAUUUCAUCAAUGUAGAGGUAAGCUUUCUUUUUUUUUAAAGCAACAUCAGAAAGAUCAACACGUGUAAUAAAUUGCAUUUCUUUCAGCUAUGUGUAGACUUAGACUUCUUUUAUUUCCAGAUUAAGAAAAUAAUGAAAGCCAAUGAGAAAAUUACAAGUGAUGCUGACCCAAUGUGGUACUUAAAGUAAGUCUGACUUUGAUUUUGUUGGUGGUGACAGAGAAUGUGGGUGGAUACCUGACAUAUGAGAUUUGUGCUUCAAUAUCCUGAUGUACUUUCUGUGUAGCCCUUAGUCCUUGGGUUAAUCCAUUUUAAUUUAAUAAAGCCCUUAAGGUAGUGGAAAUCCUGUGUGGAGCAGCAUAAAUGUACAGAAUGGUCUGUGGUGUCGGUGAUCCAUCUGAAUAGGAUUCAAUUGCAAUAAGGUCCGUUAUGUUGUUUUCUGAAGUUUGGUUUAGGUUACAUUUAGCUUUAGGCUUCAUUCCUACUUACAGGUAGGCUGCCCAUUCUGCUUCAUGGACAUGCAUGCACCCCAUCUUAAAUGAUACUCUUGCCUUACUGUUAACAGAUGCAGGGAACCUUUGGCCCUUCAGAUGUUGCCGAACUGUAGCUCCCAUCAUCCCAGGCCAUUGGCCCUACUUGCUGAGACUGAUGAGAGUUGCAGUUCAGGGAUAUCUGGAGGGCCAUUAAUUCCUCACAUCUGCUGUUAAGAGGGUUCCGCCCCCUUUUGGUUCUAUACAAAGAAAGAUGUCAGCCCAGGAAUCUUCCCAUUCUUUGAGCAGAAUCUGGUGAGCACUUGUAUAGCUGAGGGGAAACUAUCCCUUUAUUUGCUCCCAUUAAGAUUAUGGUUCUUCUUAUAUAUUUCUUAUUGGUUUUUAAUAAACCAAAGGUUUAACAAAAUGGAAUGUGAGUUGCAUAUUUGGGCAACUGGGUUGUAUCCCAUUUUUAAGUUGGGUCUUUCAUUGCAGAUACCUCAAUAUAUAUGUGGGUACUCCAGAUGUUGAAGAAAGCUUUAAUGUAACAAGACCUGUUUCUCCUCAUGAGGUAUUUGCAUCUACUCAGCCUUUUUGUACCUUUGUGUGAACCAGCUAAUAGAGCUUCUUGGUGUAAUUGAUGACUAUGAAAGAACUGUGACUGAUUUUUGGUCAUAUUAUGUCCCAAAGAGUAUACUACUGUUGCAUGGUGCAUUUUUGUUACUCAUAUUUUGUCUUCAGUUGUUAAUUGUAUAUUGAUGUCUGAAGCACCUGCAAGACUAGGUUAGAUUUUCACUGCUGCAAAUAGAUCUUUGGAGAGAGAAGUUACCAUGUCUCAUCUGAGGGAGGACUUGCAUGUGCUGUGUGUGUUGCAGUAUAUAGACUUGCUUCUUUUCAGUAACUUAAAAAAAAAUCUAGCAAAUAAAUUUUAGUCUCUGGGAUUUUUAAUGAUUGAGGAUUGGAAAAAGAAGAAAUAUGAGGACUGCAAAGGAGUGUAGCGUUCCACCUGAAAAAUAUUUAACCGUGUGGCUCUUCUCUUUAAGUGUCGCUUGAGAGAUAUGACGUAUUCUGCUCCAAUUACAGUAGACAUUGAAUACACCCGAGGUAGCCAGAGGAUUAUUCGCAAUGCAUUACCUGUUGGCAGGUAAGUUACCAAUAUAAAGAUAAAUACUACUUUUGUGUGUUGGUCACGUUCUGUGUUAAUUGCUGUGAUAAAAUGUGAGAGACUUGUUUUGCUUUUAAUCAAAGAGGGCAAUCAGUCUAUACUCUGAGCCUGCAAGGUAAUUUUUACUUUGUUGUUCUUGCAGGAUGCCAGUAAUGUUGCGAAGUUCCAAUUGUGUUCUUACUGGAAAAACUCCAGCAGAAUUUGCCAAGCUUAAUGAAUGCCCUUUAGAUCCAGGUAACAACAUUUUCUAAUAGUGUUUGUUCCUUUUGAAUGAGUUGUGAUCCCUUUUGCUAUGUUACUCAAUGGAGCCUUCUAACACGUGAGCUGCUACAGAUUAUGGAAUGAGAGAUUUUGAGACUGUAGAGGGGUCUUAGUGAAGUUUCUGCUUUGAUUAGGGCAGUUUACUAAGGUUCCUACCCAGGGACAGGGAAGUACCAUUGGUAGCUGCAAGCCUUGUCGUCUACUUGCUGUACAGAUUUCCCAAGUAUUCCUGGAAUCUUCCAAGACUUUGUCUAUGCCGCUUCUGGUUUCAGGAGGUCAUGAUAGCACAAUGGAGAAUUUCACUAGAUAGCCAUCUUAAGUUCAUAGUUCAUACUGAGGGAAGUAGGUCCAUGCAUUAAGGUGUCUUCUUCGGUUUACUGAAGGCAUUGUAUAGCAGUCUCUGCAAUUACAAGUGGAAUCAGAGAUUUCCUCACUAAAUACUGCAGGCCAGUGUAGUUGACAAAGCAAAAAUGUACAUUUCAGAGGUUUGCAAAGUCCAUUAAUGUUUAAAACUAAAGUCAAUCGUGAUUUUCCAUUCUCCAUUGGACAGGUGGCUACUUCAUUGUCAAAGGUGUAGAGAAGGUAAUUCUUAUUCAAGAGCAGUUAUCAAAAAACAGAAUAAUUGUGGAAGCUGACAGAAAAGGAACGGUCGGCGCAUCAGUUACCAGGUAAAAGAACUCCUUAGUAACUGCAGGCUGGUUUCCUAUGAUACCAUGUCUGGGAUCAAAAUAAUUACUUUAGGCACAGCCAGGAGUCUGGGCAUGCCUAGUAUGAUGAGGGUGCUAUUUAUGCCCUACUUUUCCUCCAAGGUGGCAUACACAGCUUUCUCCCUUCUCCAUUUAUCCUCAUAGUCCUCACAACAACUAGGUGAGGAAAGUUAGGCUGAGAGAGCAUGAUUGGCCCAAAGUCACUCAAUGAAGCUUUUUUCUUUGAAAAAAGUGGCACCCUGCUCAGUGCCAUAUAACAAACUGCUUUUGAACAUUACUUAACUGAAAAGCGUCUUUCUAUAUUUCAUUGUGGUGGCUGGGUGAGUUUGAGAAACAUGAGUUCAAAGUUCCACUGAGUGUACAGAACUAGUACGCUCAUACGAAGAACAUAGAAAGAGCCUUGUGUUUGAAUACGUAUUUCAUGCACAUUUGGUAACCAUUUGUUAAACGUAAUUCCAAAUGUUUGCAACUUGGUCCUUAAAAAUAACCGAGCAGAAGUUCAAACAGAGCUUUGUGGGAGGGGGGAACCACUUUGGUUAGUCUAAAAUAAGUGGAUCAGUAGAAAAUGCGGAGUUUGCUGUAUUUUAAGUGCUCCGAAAAAUGCAACAUGCCUGUGUUCUGAAAACACCGGCAGAUAGUCAGACAAAAUUAUUUAUUUAAUCCCUAUAAACCAAGAAUUAAAUGUGGCACAAAAGACAGAAUAGCUAAACGCUUACAGUAGGGGUGGAGAACAGAUGGCCCUCCAGAUGUUACUGGACUCCAGCUCCCUUCAGCCCCAGCUAGCAUGGCCAGCAGCAUCUGGAGGAUGAUAGGUUCCCCUUCCCUGGCUUACAGGUUUGCAAUCAAAGAAGACAUGAAUUGGAAGGAGGUUGGCACAGUAAUAAGAUCCGAGGUUUUAUGCACAAAAAAAACUUUAGCAAUCCUGUGUUCUGAUGUACAAGAUACUGGUUUUUUUAAGCCAUAAUAAGUUUCCCCCCUCACUGUCAGGGUUUGUUGAAUUAAUGAGGUAUUUCCUUUUCUUUUUACAAAUGUGCAGUUCUACUCAUGAGAAGAAGAGCAGAACUAAUAUAACUGUGAAGCAAGGAAGAUUUUACCUUAAGCAUAACACCCUGUCGGAAGAUAUUCCCAUUGCAAUAAUCUUCAAGGUAAUUUUUUAAAAGAACAAUCUCCAUUAUCAGGGCUUGGAGUACAAUCCUGUACGUGUCACUGAGUUCAGUGGGGCUUUCUCACAGGUAAGUCAGUAUAAGAUUACAGCCUUAGAACAGUUUAUAGAAGAACUUCAAAUACUUAGUAUAAAGGGGGAAAUAAUAGAAUCGUAGAAUUUUAGAGUUGGAAGCGGCCACAAGGGUCAUUUAGUCUAGCCCCUGCAAUGCAGAAUUUUUUUUGCCCAACAUGGACCUCAAACCCACAACCCUGAGGUCAGGAGUCUCAAUAUUUAUUUUAUUUUAGUUCUUUGUCUAUGUGCAAGUUUCUUUUAGCUGUUUGCUCUGCACCGUAGGAAACUUUUAUUUGCUAGUCUUGAAGUGUUGGGUUAUACCUUGACAUAAUGUGAGGCUCAUCUUUGGCACAAUUACCAUUACAGUGGUACCUCGGGUUACAUACGCUUCAGGUUACAGACUCCACUAACCCAGAAAUAGUACCUGGGGUUAAGAACUUUGCUUCAGGAUGAGAACAGAAAUCGCCCGGCGGCAGCAGCAGGAGGCCCCAUUAGCUAAAGUGAUACCUCAGGUUAAGAACAGUUUCAGGUUAAGAAGUGACCUCCAGAAUGAAUUAAGUUCUUAACCCGAGGUACCACUGUAACUUUUGCCUGGGGUUUUUUAAGAAGAGUAGAAGAAGAAGAGUUUGGAUUUGAUAUCCCGCUUUACCACUACCCUAAGGAGUCUCAAAGCGGCUAACAUUCUCCUUUCCCUUCCUCCCCCACAACAAACACUCUGUGAGGUGAGUGAGGCUGAGAGACUUCAGAGAAGUGUGACUGGCCCAAGGUCACCCAGCAGCUGCAUGUGGAAGAGCGGAGACGCGAACCCGGUUCCUCAGAUUACGAGACUACCGCUCUUAACCACUGCACCACACUGGCUCUCCAUUUUUAUUUUAAGCCAAUAAAAAUGGAAAAGGAGGAAAAGGCGGGGGUAGGAGAGAUGGGGGCGGGAAUAAAAGUGAGUUGCAGGCAGGGAUGUUUGAGAAUUUCAAUCUGCAGAUUGGAACUUAAUUUUUCAGUACUUUUGCACUUCCUGAAAUUUCCUAUAUAGUUAUUGGUUCAAAAAUAGUAUCAAGAUGCCUUGAGAGAAUGCAUACCUUGAGAGAAUGCAAUUUUUCAUGUGGAUUUUUUUCUUUAAGAUUUGAUUGGAAUCUUUCCCAGUGAGAGCAUCAGCUAUUGGCCAGAAUGUUGCCUUGGUCAUAUCGGUUCUAUAUUUAGUUCAUUUCCUGUUUUAUAUAAUGUAUUCAGCUGCUAGAACAGGACUUUAGGGAUUGUGCCAAACAAUACCCUAAAAAGAUCACAGAGCACUGCCAGAAGAGGGCAGCACUUGCUUGUAACUUAACUGUGUAAAUAAUGCUGUGUGGAUGUAACAGGGUGGAAUUUGUGGACUGGGUUGCUAUCUUACCCAUUUUAAGGUAGAACAUCUGUAAUGGUUAAGGGUCUACUGCACGGGAUGCUAAUUUGUGUCGCUCCCAAUCACAUUAUACUUUAAAAUAAUUCCUCCCAUUUAUAAAAAAAAAUAUUAAUUAGGAAUGUACUGCAUAGAGAAGUAAUGUCUAACCCUUCAUCCUACUGCAACUGUAACCACACAUCUGGUGGUACAAGUAGAAUUAUAAAAACGUUUCCAUUGGCACCAAGUUGUGACAGCAAAAAAAUUAUGCCAAAAGCAGGGCUGGCAUUUUUGGUGCUGGAUUUAAAUCCAGUGCUGACAGCAUGCCCCACUCUUCACAGGGAUUGGCUCUGAUCAGGUACUCUUCACAGGAGCCAAUCCUGUGGAGCUCUUCUUGCAGGCAUUGGCAGAAUUUAAAGGACACAAAAUGUUCCCCAUGCCUGCUUUAGAAUAUCUGUAAACCACGAGGCUUGUGGAAGUAACACCCCCCACAGCGUGAUGUUAUUUCUGCAUCACACUAUAGUUGACCACUGUGGGAGGAGUUAAGAAUAAACAUUUUAUUAUUUUCUUGUACUUUUUUUUGUUCGAUAUGGUGAGGAUCAGCUGGAGCCCUGAGUAAAAAUCUAGGGCCAAUUGCCACUGUUUUACACAGACUUCAUGUGCACUUCUCCAAGACUUAAUCAAUGGAAUAAUCUCCAAAGCUUACCUGAGGCCAUUUCUCCCCUUAUUUUUUAAAAAAGCACAAGUGCCUUCUUGAGGAUUCUGUAAGCAGGAAUAUAUUAUAUCAGUGGCAAUUAAAGUUUAAUUUUAAUUCUUUGGGGGAUUAGUUCAAUUGAGUUCACUUGGAAAUGAGCAAGUUUGUAUCUAGUACAAUUUGACUGAUUAGUUGGGCUGCUGAUUGGAUAUACUGGGGAAAUAAUUUAUUUAUAAAUAAACAUUAAUUCAUUUAUCUUGUACAGCUUUUGAAUGAAUGAAUUGAUCAGUGGGCAUACCAGGGAAAUAAAUAAAUAAAUUUCUGUUUGUGAAUAAAUACAUUUAUAUUUACUCUCUUUUGGAGAUAACUACUUGGGUUGUUGAUUGGUGGGUACAUUGGGGUAAUAACUCACAAACAGCAAAUGCUACUCAGAACAACAGACAGCCCCAAAAAUUACUUCCCCAAAACAACCUAAGCCAUUCUUAUGUAUGAUGGAAGCCACCCAGAGUGGCUGUGGUAACCCAGUCAGAUGGGUGGGGUAUAAAUAAUAAAAUCAUCAUCAUUAUUAGAAAAAAGCUGGCACCCCCCAAAAGAACAAGGCAACUCCCAUCCACAUAAUUCAUCCCAGUAAACCCCAGAAGCAAUCCCCAAUAAUGCCAGGUGGCGCUGUGGGUUAAACCACAGAGCCUAGGACUUGCUGAUCAAAAGGUUGGCGGUUCGAAUCCCCGUGAUGGGGUGAGCUCCCGUUGCUCGGUCCCUGCUCCUGCCAACCUAGCAGUUCGAAAGCACAUCAAAGUGCAAGUAGAAAAAUAGGUACCGCCUCUGGCAGGAAGGUAAACGGCGUUUCUGUGCGCUGCUCUGGUUUGCCAGAAGCGGCUUAGUCAUGCUGGCCACAUGACUCAGAAGCUGUACACCGGCUCCCUCGGCCAAUAAAGCGAGAUGAGCGCCGCAACCCCAGAGUCGGCCACAACUGGACCUAAUGGUCAGUGGUCCCUUUACCUUUUUAAGGAACCUGAAUACAAUCAGUAAUUAGGAGGCAGUGGUUCUGGAGAUGCUGUUGUGAAGAGGGCAGCAGAGGAAAUCAGUCACACACUGGCCAGAGGAGAGUUACUCACAAACCCCUUGAGAUAACUCCACAGCCUCCCAGGGGUCUGCAGCCCACUGAUCUAUAUCUAGUACUGUCAGAAAGCUGUUAUACUGGUGCAUGUCUUCCAGUGUGGUGCUCAGCACAUGCACUCCCACCCAAGGGUUCUUUUUUAUGGCUGCAAAUCAUUUUGAGUGGUACAUAAUGGAAGUAUAUAAAUAGAGCUGCUUUGUAAGCUGCACGCCCUUGGAAUGUCAAGCCGUGUCUAAGCUAUCACAUUCACAUUCCGGAGGGAGCUGCAAUCUGCUGCCAUUCCUUGUAUAUGCAACUGCUUCAGAUGCAACUAAAUACUCAGCAUGUGUGUGCAUGCAGUGUAAUAGGUGAAACGGCCUUUAAAAUUGUGACAUUCCGCAGCAAGGACUAUAGUUUUGUAGCUAGGGAGUCUGGGACCAAGGGACUGGAAGCUUUCAUCUAAAGCCAGGGGUGGAGAACUUGCUUGGGAAGCCAGAUGAUAUUGGACUCUCAGUUGCAUUGGCCAUGCUGGUUAUUGGGAAUCCAGAAACAUCUGGAGGGCGACACAGAGGUUUCCCAGCUCUGCUCUAAAGCAGCUAUAGUUGCCUGAUGCCUCCUGCUCGUGUCUGUUAUCUGGGGGAAGGAGUUGCAAGGGAGAGGGCAAAGCCGUAGGCAGUACUAUUUAAAGUCCUUCGUUGACAUGCUUAGCUUGAGCAUUAGGGACAACUUCUUCUACCCUACCCUCAACUGCUUGCUGCAUGGCCAGGGGUGUUGUAGGUGGAGUUGUUAUCAGCAGUAAAAAUCAGCUGUUUAGAGCACCACUACUGUCACUUAGCUGUGUGGGGUCUGGAACAUCUUCAGGGCACUGGGAGUAUGCAUUUCAGAGCAUGCCAUGUGCUGCCUUCUGUAAUGUGUAAUUUCCUAAACAACGUUUUGUAGGGGCCAAUGGCUGCAGCAAAUGCUUUCUAAAAGGAAUAGGCCCAGUGAUCACAUUUAAUUUAAUUAGGUAGGAAUUUAAUGCAGUUUAAAGAGAAUGUGAGUUGGAGGUGCAUUGUCUGUUUACAGUGAGCCCAAGAGUACACUGUGUGUUCGCUGGUGUAUCUUUGUUAUGCCUAGUUUAAAGAUAAAUAUUAAUGCAAGGCAUAGCUUUUCACCCUUCCAACUUCUGAGAAGCAUAUUGUAGCUCUGCCAAAAAUAGGUGUUAUUGACUUUAUUCCCUGUUUCUUGAUAUGGCAGAACUCCAGACAAAUAUGUGAAAGGAGAAGCUUUAGCAUUAUCUAGAACGUACAAAGGCCCGCACUGCUGGCUGCUGCCUUGAAACACUUUAUUCACAGAGAGAUUGGGGAGAUUUUCCUUUCUAAACCUGUUAAACAUUUUCUUAACGUAUUAAGCCUCUUUUACAAUAUCAGCUAUAACCUGGUGCUUAAGGAUCUGUGGGGAAAAAACAAGAAAAAUGGCUUUCAAGACGGCUUUCUGUGUGAAAUCCUUUUUCUUUGCCUUCCCUUUCCCUCUCCCCAACCCAUGAGAGGCAACUUGUGAGGCAAUUUACCAGUGCCUUCGAUUGAGUGCACCUGCCUGGGGACGGAGCAGAGCUGCCUCCAGGUUUGAGGGUUCCUGGACAAAGUGCCCUCUAGUGGGUCCCCUCCUGUGCCAGUUAUCUCUGACAGGAUUUUGUGACCUUGGCAAAAAUUCUUUGGGCAGGCAGACAUGUAGCCACUAUUAUGCCUUGCCGCCAUUAUACAGUGGUACCUCAGGUUACAUACGCUUCAGGAUACAUACGCUUCAGGUUACAGAGUCCGCUAACCCAGAAAUAGUGCUUCAGGUUAAAACUUUGCUUCAGGAUAAGAACAGAAAUCGUGCUCCGGCGGCGCGGCAGCAGCAGGAGGCCCCAUUAGCUAAAGUGGUGCUUCAGGUUAAGAACAGUUUCAGGUUAAGAACUGACCUGUGGAACGAAUUAAGUACUUAACCCGAGGUACCACUGUAAUGCAAUGCAGGGGGUUUGGCCCCUGGGGCCCCUGGGGCCCCUUCCAACUCCAUGAUUCUAUAAUUUCCUACACUGUGUCAUUGACACUGUGGGAAAUUAAAACAAUGGUUCCAAGAACCCUCACAUGGGGCCCAAUGGAGCAGCAUUGACUCUCGGCUUGAGGGAGCAGACCUCAGCGCAGUUAUGGUGGGACCUGCCAUGGUGUUGGGACCCCAGCAGCUGCCUGAAGAUGUCAUGUGCUGACAUUGAGCUUGGUUGGGGAAAUCUUACCAGAAUGCAUUUUAAGGCAAUGGAAGAAAUGUGGGGGAGGUUAAUUCAGCACAGUACAGGUGCAAGGCUGCCGAUUGGCUGGCAGCGUCCACAUGAUGUUCAUGAGUUCCAUGCCACCUGCACAGGGCAUGCUGAAGGAGCGUCUCCACUCCCCAUCGUUCUACCCGGACACUGAGGUCCAGCGCCGAGGGCCUUCUGGCGGUUCCCUCACUGCGAGAAGCCAAGUUACAGGGAACCAGGCAGAGGGCCUUCUCGGUAGUGGCGCUCGCCCUGUGGAACGCCCUCCCACCAGAUGUCAAAGAGAAAAACAACUACCAGACUUUUAGAAGACAUCUGAAGGCAGCCCUAUUUAGGGAAGCUUUUAAUGUUUGAUGUAUUACGGUAUUUUAAUAUUUUGUUGGAAGCCGCCCAUAGUGGCUGGGGAAGCCCAGCCAGAUGGGCAGGGUAUAAAUUUUUUUUAUUAUUAUUAUUAUACCCCCCCACUUUCUCUACUUCAAUAGCACCAAGUCACCCCUCCGUCAGGCAGCAGUGUUCAGUGGCAAAUGUUGGCAGCCUCCUGUGAACCACCUAACUGAGCAGCUACUGCUGAAAAAGGGAGCUAAUCAUCACCAGCUAUGCACAAAAUCGUUAGCAAGUUUGCAUAACUUGAGAGAGAGGGUGUGUGUAUAAAAAGAUACCAUUCAUUCCUUUCCUGUAGCUCUUCAACAGGCUUCCUCUGUUGCAUUUGUCCCAUACAAAUACUGCAGCAGAGCAUUGCUUCUUAUUAAACUAUAUGAGGUUUCUUCUGCAAAUGAGCUGCCAAUAGCAUUACUCUGCUCCUUUCGUUUGUGUUUCCUGCUGCUGCUGCUGCUGCUGCUGCUGCUGCUGCUUUGGCUUAUCAAGAUUUCCAUUUCAUAGUUUGAGUAUGUGCUGCUUCCAGUGCCAGAUGGCCCUGUUUCUGAGAGAAGUCGCUUUGGGUUAGGAGUAAUACUGACUACAAUGGCAAAAUUAGCAUAAGCAAAUGUCAGCAAGUUAGCACCAAGCCAACAUUCUUUCUCUCCUUUUCUACCUUUUCUUUUUCUUCCCUCUUCUAGGCUAUGGGCGUCGAGAGUGACCAGGAGAUUGUGCAGAUGAUUGGUACAGAGGAGCAUGUGAUGGCUGCAUUUGGUCCCAGCUUGGAGGAGUGCCAAAAAGCUCAGAUUUUCACACAGAUGCAGGUGUGUGACAUUUCGAGCAUCCAUCUAAGAAGAAAAUGGCUUCUUAGUUUUGCUUGUUGUGAGCUGAUGGAACGGCUCAGAGAAUGCAGUGGCCACAGUCUUCUGUCUGUCAAGCCCCUUUGCUUUCUGUAGAUUGCAAAAGUUACCGUAUUUUUUGCUCUAUAAGACUUACUUUUUCCCUCCUAAAAAGUAAGGGGAAAUGUGUGUGCGUCUUAUGGAGCGAAUGCAGGCUGUGCAGCUAUCCCAGAAGCCAGAACAGGAAGAGGGAUUGCUUCUUUCACUGCGUAACGAUCCCUCUUGCUGUUCUGGCUUCUGAGAUUCAGAAUAUUUUUUUUCUUGUUUUCCUCCUCCCAAAACUAGGUGUGUCCUAUUGAGUGAAAAAUACGGUGUUUUCCAAGUAAGAAAGUCCAUCUCUGAGAGCUGAUCUGUGCAUUUCUCAGGCUGAGGUGGAAGAGUUUUGGGCAUGGCUAAAAGUGGACAUAGGUCGAACAUUACGGUGCAAAAGAUGGAGAAAUUGUUUGGGAGGACUGUGUAAGUAAGCAGCAAAAUUAGCAUGACCUCAAGAGAUCAUUUUAUACAUUUUGACUGUAGCUGUUCUUUCCUGUUUCAGUCCUUCUCAGAGUCCAGUUCUUUAUUAACAAAUUUCUACUUUGGCUUGCAUGAUUAGCAGAAAUGUUGGGUAUGCUUGAGCCUUUUCAGACAGGAGUUAUUACAACAGUAGUCACUAGAGGACCACUGACCAGAACAUGGGGUUUUUGUUCAUGGAAGGUUAAAACCAUACUAGGAAAUAUAAUUAUUGUUAGUUGUGUACCUUUGAGCAGUAUCCAAAGAGUAAUUCCAUUAGUGCAAGGACUUCUGGCUGUGCAAAGGAACUUCCUCCUCACUCCUCUCCCUGCCUCCCUCCACAUGCCCCCUAAACCAGUUUGAGGGGUGACCCCAACCUUCUGGAGCAGAUUUGGGGGAGGUGCUGGGGGAUUACUAGGAGCGGAGAGAGAGAGGAAUAUCCGUGGUGCAAACAGAAAUCCUUGUGCUAAUAGAUCUUCCUCGUUAGAUACCAGUCCCAGAUUGGCCUAGUCCAUUUUCACUGGUCAUCUUAUUAAAGAAGCAUCUUACGCUGCUGUCUUGUUUUACAUUUUGAAAACUUAGGUUUUGGCAUGCUAAUUAUCUUGUUCAUACGCAGUCAUCUGUUGUUAAUAUGCAAUGUCAUUCCCGGAAAGCGGAGACUUCCAAGAAGAGUUUUUAAUUUGUACUAUGCUAACUUGGAUUUGGAUUUCACUUUACAGGCACUGAAGUAUCUAGGAAAUAAGGUCCGAAGGCAGAGAAUGUGGGGAGGACCCAAAAAAACCAAGAUGGAAGAAGCAAGAGAGCUGCUGGCAACAACCAUUCUUGCCCAUGUUCCUGUAUGACCAUAAAUCUUAGAUUUUGGGGCAGGGCCCCGGGGUGUGUGGGCUGAAUAGGAUUCUUACCAUACAAGACCAGAGGGGGUUGAAUCUCCUCUGGCAGAGCACCUUCACUAAUCCGUGCUGAACUUGUGAGGGUGACUGUAUCUUCACCUGUUGUUCAUCAUCCCAAUCUUAUUUAGGAAGGCACCUCAGGAAGAGCUGCUGUUUAGUUCUAUUGUUAGUUCUUUGUGUGUAUUAGAGAAGGAGUCAGAUACUUCCUGCUCCUGAGCUAAUGCCUGCGUUGAUUAGUAUUCUGAUUCAUUAUUUUUUGUGUGCAGCAGUAGGGUAUGUGCAGCUCUGUGUGUGAUUCUCUGCACACUAACCUGUGAUUAUUGGUGUUGGGUUGAAGGAACACUAUGUAAAAUUCAGAAGUGGGUAUCUCUCUCUCUCUCUCUCUCUCUCUCUCUCUCUCUGUGUGUGUGUGUGUGUGUGUGUGAGUGAUCGAGCCAUAACCUGACCUAGUGAUCUUCUUAAGCAAGGUGCUGUUGCUUGAUCUCUCUUUCUCUUCGUGAAAUGAGAACUAUUGUGAAGGUCUAGUAGGGCUUUUGGAAGGAUGAAUGCAAUGAGAAAAUGUUGCCACACUGUUCUGAGUCUGGGGAAUAUUGCAGAACUGCAAAAUUAGUUUAACCUAAGCUGCAUUUUGGACAAAUGACUAGCUGUUCCUUACUAGAAACUGUUUACUCCCCUUUUCUGUGUUCCAGGUAAAAGAGUUCAAUUUCCGCUCAAAGUGCAUUUAUACAGCUGUGAUGGUCCGCAGAGUGAUUUUAGCUCAGGGGGACAACAAAGUGGAUGACAGAGACUACUAUGGAAACAAACGAUUGGAGUUGGCAGGACAGGUAAGUCCACCCUGGGGGUUUUUAUACAACAUGCAAACAUUGAUAUGGAGUUACCAUAUUAUUUAUUUAUUAAAUUUGUUGGUUGCUUUACCUUGCCCAAGGCAACCCAAAUGAUGCCACAGAAUUAGGCUGCAGCACAACAGGUUCAGUGUGAAAAAAUAAUUGUGUGGUUCAGACACACUUUAAGCUUGUUGCAGUGGGUUCUGUUGAUUAGUGAUUCUGAAACGAUAAAGGUUCAUAAAUACUGGCAUAUGCCUAAUAUGUUGAGAGUUGUGUAACGGUUUAAACUAUUUAGUCUAGCUUCCUAAAAAUACAUCUGAAAGCAGACUUCUAUCCCUUAUGUGUGUGUUUUUCUAUUGUUGACGUACGCUUGGCUGUAUUUUGCAAAUUGAUAGAACACCUCACUUUAAGCCUUUUGCUCACUGUUUUCAGCUAGAGUUUCUUUCCAAAUAGCCUAUAACACACCCCACACACACCCUUGGUUGUGUUUCUGAGCUAAAAAUCCUGUUGCUUAAAAAUUUGAAUGAAAAAGACUGUUCCUGUAUGAGGAGGAAAAGCAUAGCAGUCCACACAAUGUGAAGACAUAAAAGGCAUUGUGUCUAUAAAAAUGUGUGAAAACAAUAGCAGUUAAUUUCACACCCCAUGGGACAAGGGAGUACGAAAUGUGCUUUAGCUUUAGAUAACAGUUGUUUCCGCUAGCCAAGCUGGUUUACAGAGCUUUCUCUUAGUCUUUCUGCCCACUAGAGGCUUGGCAGGCCAGGUGCCAGCAGAGGUGUUAGCGAAACCUACCGAUUCCAAGCUUAAUCUUUUCACCUACCUUUUCUCUUUCCUUAAUGUGUUCAUUAUUUGCCGAGCAUUUCCCUCGUCUUUGUCCUCAGGGUUUGUUUGGCAUUUUCCCCCCUUUCUUUCUUUCUAAUUCAGCUUGCUUUGUAUGGGCGAGAUAUGGAACAGCACCAAAAUCCGGCACCCUGGAAAGGAAGGGAUUUUUACCCUGUGACAAAAGAAAACCGCCUUGACUUCAGAGAUUGACUAAUCCCAGCUGUUCUGAUAAUAUAAUUAAGGCUGCCUAAUGUCUUUAAUUUUGCAACCAGUUUGUGUGAAAAGGAGAAUUUGGCACUCUAAAGCCUUAAACACUAAAUGGCAAUCUCAAGGCGCCUAAUUAGAAUUCUCUGACAUUAAGCUAAUUGGUGAAACUGUAUUUCAGCAGCUUAACUACUUUAUUAAUUUUUUUCCUCAGGAUUUUCAAUGGAAAUCAAUUGAUGAGCUGUCAGUUCCUCUCCCUUAUGUUUCGCCGCCACCACCCCUCAAAUUUAAUUUGCUCUUCAAUGCUCCUGUCUGAAAGACCCUGGGUUCACAACAAAAAUUAAAUGAAUAUUAUCACUGGCAUUCCAUCCCGUUCUCUCCUUAAUCACUUACUCUUGACCUAAAAACGGGCUAUUGUGAAACUUUGCUAUGUUCUUAGAGAAAGCCUGUGGAUGUACUGGAAUUAGCCAAGGAAUGCUUUAGACUAAAAAAUGUCAAGAAGUUAGUGUAUCCCCCUAACCUAACUUUAUUAUUUUGAACAGGAGGGGCCAGGAAAUGGUGUUCAGUGGUGACUUCUUCUGAAGUCAGUGUUGAAAUUUUUAGUUACGUAUAUACUAAUUAUUUAAUAAUCUUUUAUGCCAUCAAUGAAACAGCCCUUUUCCUAGUACAGUGGUACCUCGGGUUACAUACGCUUCAGGUUACAUACGCUUCAGGUUACAGACUCCGCUAACCCAGAAAUAGUACCUCGGGUUGAGAACUUUGCUUCAGGAUGAGAACAGAAAUCGUGCUCCGGCAGCGCGGCAGCAGCUGGAGGCCCCAUUAGCUAAAGUGGUGCUUCAGGUUAAGAACAGUUUCAGGUUAAGAACGGACCUCUGGAACGAAUUAAGUACUUAACCCGAGGUACCACUGUACUUGUUUAAAAUAUAGAUAGAGAAAGAUAUGGGAAGGGCCAUAACUCAGUGGUACUUUGCGCCGAAAGACCCCUAUCUUGGGCAGUGUUGACAGUAGUGAGUUAGGCAACUUCCGGUGGCUUACCUAGGCUCAUCCAGGGAAGAUUCAUUCUGAUAGCAUUCACAUGGGUACCCAAGCCCCAAAGUAACCAGAGAUCUGCAAGUAAUGUGUGAAUGUCCAGAGCAUUGCCAUAUUGGCCUCUUCAAAAUUCACUUCGGAAUCUGAGCAUAAGAAGAGAUCUUCUGUAUCAGACCAAAGGCUGAUCUAACUCCAGGAUCCUGUUCUAACAAUAUUGGAAGCCUACAGGCAGGAAAUGACAAGUGUGUUAGCACUUCAUUUGUAUUCCUGAGGCAUGCUGCCUCUGAGACUGGAGAUAAUACAGAGCCAUAACGGCUAGCAGCCAUUAAGAACCUUAACCUUGAUGAAUUUGCCUGAACCCCCUUUAAAGUCAGUCAAUUUGUGGGCUAUUAGUGCAUCAUGGGGUAGCUAAUUCUAUGCUUUUAACUGUGGGCUAUACGAAGGAUCAGGUAUUUUUCUCUGUCCUGAAUCUUCCAGUGUUCAACUUUAUUGGAUGACCUCAUGUUCUAGUAUUAGGGGAAGUGUUGUAGAGCAUCUGCAUUGCACACAGAGGUUCUGCAGAUGAAUUCACAUUAGUAGAUUAAUCUACAUGACCAUUUACUUGCUACUGUGUGAUCCUUUAGGAACUAUCUCAUGGGAAACUCAGUUUUGUGUGAUGUCAGGAAAGAUUGACCAUCAUAGGGGAAAAGCUCUCAGCGCCUAGCGUUGGUUUUGAGUAGUCAUUGAUAUGUGCAAUUGACACAGAAUCCCAUCUACCCUUGACCCAUGAUUGACCUCUGUGACAGUUCCCAACUAGAUCAUUAUAGUUGACCUAAAUUCAAGUUACUAUUCCACAUAAAUGUCAACUUUAGUCAUCAAAUGAAUUCUCACGAUUAUGUUAUGCAAUGGAAGUCAAAGAAAGGUCUGUGCUUUUUGCAAAUCAGCAGGGACAUGAUAAUGAUGAAAAGAUGGCAAAUACUGUGAGUGGAAAUGUUCAUUGGGAGAGUAGAUUCAGUUACUGGCCCAUGGCCUAUGGGGGGCACAGUAGUGUUAAUGUGUCUUCGAAAAUGGAGACAGUUUUAAAUUGGUUUAAUUCCAUGCAGGAAUUAAAUAAUGCAAUAGACUCCAGAAUGUCUUAACAGGGCCCGUUUGAAUACCUAGUUUGUUUAGCAGUUAACAAUGCUUUGUAUACUGGGAACUUGUAUUUUUGGCAUUUGGUAGCUGCUGUAUUUUUAGUCUUCCUGACAGAGCUGCUGUAAAAACCAAGAGUUAGAAUAGAAUUGCCAAGUUCUAGAGCUUAUACUUCUUCUUUAGGGGAUGCAGGAAAGGCUUUUCUUUGAAGCAGGGGUGGGUGGGGAGUGGGCAUUCAAUCCAUUUGUAGCUUGCAGGGCAAAAUUUUAGAUGGAUUAGGUUCCCACUAAAGUUAAUUAGUAGAAGUUGGGUGAAAUGUGAAUGGGUUAAUUGGAGAGCAAACCAAAAGACGAGUGUGAUGUUAAAAAGUGAAAGAAAUAGCUGGAAGGAAAUAAUUCAAUAAAGAACAAAUUCAGAUUUACAAAACUAGUAAGGACAAUCCUUUCCCCAUACUGAUAGUUACCGUAUUCAAGGAGUUGCUCCCUGUUCAAUUUUCAUAACAUAUUUUGGCUACUGAGACAUUUACAUAUGUUAUAGCAAUUCUAUAACAUUCUAUAUGUUAGCAAUUCUGAAAAUGAAAAAUGUGUUAGAGUAGUUUUUCUAUAGUAAUGUGGCAUAUCUAUUUAAAAAGCUCUACAUUUAAAAUGGUGGUGAGCAGAUGAGCAGGUUUAUAGGAUCCAGGGUUUAAACAGGCCUAUUCUGGUGUUUUGUAUAUCUGUUUGUUAUAGUUCUUUUUACAGUACUUUUCAAUAGAACUUCUCUGUGUCGUUUACAUAACAGCCGUUUUAUUUCAACUGUUCUUGAGAACAGGCUGAAAGAGUUCUGACUUUGUCUUGUUGAAAAUCAGAUUACUACUUUACCCAUAAACUAGAAUCAUUUGUUUAUGUUGUAGUCGUUUGGUCAGAUUGUGAAAAGUGCCAUUCUUAUUUCAGGAUGAGCAACGUAAAGGAAUGGCCCUCCAAUUAAUGCAUCUCCAGUGUGGCUUCCAUUGCUAAAUGCAUUGCUUGCUUCCCACUGUAAAUCUCCUUUUUUCUGUUGCAGCUUCUUUCCCUUCUGUUUGAAGACUUGUUCAAAAAAUUCAACUCUGAAUUGAAAAAGAUCGCUGAUCAAGUAAUUCCCAAGCAGAGGGCAGCCCAGUUUGAUGUAGUUAAGCACAUGCGGCAAGAUCAGAUCACCAAUGGCAUGGUGAAUGCCAUCUCCACUGUAAGUGUUUCAUUUGCUGUGGAAGGGGUAGGAGAGCAGUGGGGAAUCUCUGGCCCAUGGACCUGAUUAGGCUGGACAGGGGGUCCUCAUUUGGCCCAUGAGAACAUUUUCCCCAAGCCAUGCAUGAUGUCAGGAGUGGGGCAGGUAAAUACAUGGAUGCAAAGCAUCCUUCAGGAGUGCUUCCAUUUGCCCUUGACAAUCAGGCUUUCAUCUGGCACCUUUUAAAGCUUGUCACCAAAUGCAAGUGCCACUGGGACUGGAUCCCCUUGGUUGCUUCCAAGUGAUGUCUAUCCCUGCCGAAAGUGUGGCUUGAAGUCUUUGCCAACCAGCUGAUUGGUGGUUGCUGCAAACUCCACUUCCUGUUCUUGCACAGUUUGAUUUCAGAAUAGCACAGGCUUGUAUUGUUACUGUUUAUGCAAAUAUUCACCAGGCUUUUCUGCCCUAAAGUCUUGAGGACAGGCGGAAAGCUGAAGCUAUUUUACCACCGCAGUUAAGAAUCAUCCAUGUUUUCAAAUAUGGAUUGAUCUGUUUUCAUAUACUAUUUUACCACUUUUAAAAGUAGUUAAAAUCUCUACUGCAUUUUGACAGACUUGUGUCAUUCUUGACUUUUAGGGGAAUUGGUCACUGAAGAGAUUCAAGAUGGAUCGUCAGGGUGUGACUCAAGUAUUGUCCCGCCUGUCCUAUAUUUCUGCUCUGGGGAUGAUGACAAGGAUAUCUUCUCAGUUUGAAAAGACUAGAAAAGUGAGUGGUCCCCGAUCACUGCAGCCAUCUCAGUGGGGUAUGCUGUGUCCAUCAGACACGCCUGAAGGAGAGGUAAGAACCAUGAACUUGAUUUAUUUUCCUCUAUCACAGUUUGAUAUGCUGAACCAUUAGUUGAACUUGAACAAUUGCACUAGCAGCCAAAAUAGUGGAAACUGUCAGGGAACUGCCAUCAGUGCCGGAGGGAGAGAGCAAAAGCCAGAGGGAUUCCAGAGAGCGUCCAGGGAUCGGGAGAAGCAGCCCAUCUUCUGGGGAAGAGAAUCAGCGUAGCACCAGUGGAGAAGGGGGGCAGAUGGGGGAAGCGGCGAGGCGGUCUCAUGACUCCUUGCCUGGGACCAGCGGGGAGAGUAGGGGUCCUCCGUUGCCCACGCCCUCCUUGCGCAGAAGGCUUUCGCGCAGAGAGAGUAGGAGGAGACUAGGAGUCAAAGAGCUGCUUUGCUGGAAGAAGUUUAAGAAACGCCCACUGACAGAUUCUGCCAGCGAUUGAGUCAGCCACGGGUGAGUCCGGACAGAAAAGGUUCACUUUGGCAACCCACCCAGGUGUUUGCACCCAGCCGGGGAGAUAGACACCUGCUUACGCAUGAGCAACCCCUAGAACCAUUACAGAAACCUUUUGCAAAAUGUGUAUUUCUGAGGUUUGAUUGCUCAUAACACCAGUCUUCUUUAGAAUAAUUCCAUAACAUAAUACUGAAAUAUUGCAUAUCAUUAGAAAGAUUAUUUAAUGCAGAGUAUAAUGCAACAAGCUGUGUUGGAUUAUCUUUAUCCUAUCAAAAGUUAUAGCCAAAUAAAAUCAGUUAUAAACAGAAAACCACAAUAAAGGAUAUUUCAUAACUUCUCACCAUUUCUGUCAGGACUUAGUGUGGAAACCUUUUGCCACAAUUAUAGCCCUAAAAACGGCAUCCCAUGAAGUGAACCGAGGAUUUUAGUUCGUCAGGUGUUAUCAUGUGAAACUAAGAUUAUAUGAUUGCUUCUAUCAAUUGUGCUUUAUUCCUUGGUUGCUUCUGACUAAUAAGUUUCUUUAAUCGGUUCCAGAUUUUCUGUUGGAUUAAGGUCAAGGCAAUUACGUCACUUUCUAAAUGACCAGUCAACUCCUUAAACUCAGUUUGUCAUUGGUCAGUUUUGAGUUAAGGAAAUCCACUUCUUGUUACAUAAGGCAGUUGUGCUGUCUUUUUCUGGUUAUUUGGCUAUAAAUAAAAUAAUUUUAUACGAAUUAACUGUGUGUGUAUUUUUUCAUUAUUAUUUCUUUUCCUUUCAGGCCUGUGGCUUGGUUAAAAACCUAGCACUCAUGACUCACAUUACGACUGAUAUGGAAGAUGGUCCUAUAAUUAAAUUAGCUGGUAACCUGGGAGUAGAAGAUGUAAACCUUUUGUGUGGAGAAGAACUUUCCUAUCCAAAUGUGUUCCUUGUUUUCCUUAAUGGUAUGGCACUUCUGAAAUUUUCUGGGUUGUUUAGCUUAGAAGUAUAGGUGGAAGAUUAAAAUUUUAUUUUGUUUGACAGAAUUUGUAUACCACUUCAUUGAAAAUAAAGCUUCUAUGUGGUUUACAAACGUUAGCACUGCACCUGUCUUGAGUUGUGAAUUCUGAAGUCCUAGAAAAGAGUGGGAUUGAGCAGGACUGGCAGCAAAAUAGGCCACGGUUGGCCCCUUCUGUCUGAAAGGUGGCAGAGUUGUGCAAUAGCAGGUAAUGGAGAUGAGAGUGCUUAACAGAAUUGCUUUAUUGAACAGGCAACAUCCUCGGGGUCAUCCGAGACCAUCAGAAGCUUGUCUACACAUUUCGGCUAAUGCGCAGAGCUGGUUAUAUCAACGAGUUUGUUUCAAUCUCUACAAAUCUUACCGACAGAUGUGUGUAUAUUUCCUCCGAUGGAGGACGAUUGUGCCGGUAAGGAACUUGAAAUACACUUUCCCUGAAUGACUGCAACUGCAGUUUCAUGUUCAUUCAGCUCAUUCUCAGGAACAGGUUUUGUAUAAACUCGCUCGACAAGGUGACUGCUAAACAACCCUUUUUUGUCCAGAAGGUCCAGCAUGAUGGAUGCAUGUUUCAGCAAUAAAAGGCAGCACCAGUGUAUUUGACAUUGGACCAGUUUGGAUGAUUGUUCAAGGCUUUAAGCCAGAAAUGAACUCGCCUCCUCUCAUCACAUGCUAGCUUCAUUUUGAAGAUCUGAGCUUGGAAUUAUAGCAGAGUUCCUCAUUCGGCCCAAACGGGAAAAAUCUAUUUUUAACGGCAGUUGCUAAACCAAUAAAAUAAGCCAGCAUUAACAAAGUUAACCAGCUGACUGAUAUUAAGUCUAGUUCAGACAUAACAGGAAACUCUGGCUUAAUUUUAAGUCAAGAUUUACAACCCUAAGCCAGCAAGUACUGAAAGGAGGAGGACCGCUAAGUCCUAGUGCUCAUUCCCAGCUUUGCAAACCAUGUUUUAUGAAGCCUUGAACAACUGUCUGAACUGGGCCACUGGGUGACUAAUAAGUUUUGUCAGUUUUCUUGUGGCUUUUCUCAACUCCCUUGUAAUCCUUUCGCAGUGGUUCCAAUAUCCACUUCAACAUUUAAAAGUGCUAAUUAGCCUCUGAACUAUUAGCAUGGACUCUUGGAGUAGAAUUCCCAAGUAUAUUGCAGUUAUUUACUGCACACUGCGAGAGCGUCUUGUCCAAACAGAAACAGCCCUUGACGUUUUGAUUGUGCAUGCCAUUCUUUGUAUCAGUGUUUCUGUGUGGUGGUUCUGGUAGAAGCCUUUUAGAAAAAUCAUUCCUGCUUGAAAGCUAUGCUGCCAAAUAGCAAAUAAUUUUUUAUACUUUUGUUCUCCAGCGUGGAGUUGGACUUAGGUAGGUGAUAUCAACAGAAUGUUAUAUUCGCUGAUCAAUAUAUUAUAUAUUAUACCCCUCCUGUUCCCUUGCUAAUGUUUCUUAGUUAUUGCAUUAGCUGCUGUAUUACAUACAGCAGCAUUUGUUUUGGUGUUUAGGUCUCCUGCGUGGUAUAAGGAACUUGACUUGGCUCGUCCUUUUAUAUAUAAGCUUAAUAAAUGGACUUCCAGGGUGGCGCCAUCGGCAAUGGCGGACUCCCUCUGAACCGGAGGGACCAGCUCCGCGCGAAACGGGUCUUUUCCGCUGCGGCGAAGCGGGGACCCUUUUAGAAAUCACAGGCGGAUGAAGCCUCUGACCGUGGGACUCAGCGGGCACCCUUAGCGCCUCCCCAACCCGCAAAGGAACCCACUAACGGGCUCCGAAGCGAAGAGGGGAAGCGGCGCGGUGCUGUGAGUCAAUUGCUUUUUCCGUGGAGCGAAGCCGCAUAGCCGUUGCCGGAGAGCACUGCCUUUUCCUGGGACAAUUUGGCAUCUAAAAUAAUCACCCGUGAGUACUUAAACAUUGAACAAUUGGACUUCAAAUAAGAACUGGCGAUUAGAAAGGAAUUGGACUUAAAAAUUUACCUUAUUUUGGUACUGAAACGGGAAGGUCUAAACAGGAAGUCAGCCUUCCUUUUCCUUGUAGUCAGAAGAAAGCAAAGACAACGUAAACUAGAGCUUAGAAAAUCACUUUCAAAGGAUUGGUUUUCACCAUUUAAAAUCAUUGAACCCCCCUUCGGUAGCAGGAGAAGAAGGGGGAUCUUUUUUUUUUUGGACUGUUUAAAGUAAAGUAACUUUCCACCGUCCUGAUCCUGGAGCAGGGUGUCAGAAUUGACGUUUGAAGCUCAUUGACCAGAGACAAAUGUUUUUGACAGAUAGUUAAAAGAAGAGUAACAUUGUGAUUCCACUGUUUCCUUUCGCAUUUUAAAGGAACAAAUAUUGACAAAAUAUCUUAAAAAAAGAAACUUUGUUGCUAUUGUCCUUAAAAGAAAGAACAACCAGAAGUUUUCCCCCUAGAGGGGGACUGUGAAACUGUAACUAAUUCUAGGAGCUUGCAGCUGCCACAGAUUACAACCGUGGGAAAGGACUUGUGACCUUGUAGGACAAUGUUCUCAGAAGCACUGUUGGGUGCUUUCUGUAAAAUAAAUGCCCUAUUGGACCAGUUAAGCCAGAAGACGGAUUUGAUGACUAAUGCGGCCAGAACAUUUGAACAGGUAGUGAGAAACUAUAUGGAGCCCACCCAGGAACUUAAACAGGAGUGUGCCAUGACAGAACAGUUGAGAGAAGAGGAUGUUGCUGAAUCUUGGGCGCCAGAAAGGGAGGAACUUUUGGCCCUGCAGGAAAAUGAGCCUUUGGAUUUGAUAAAUGAACUUGGAAAAAACCCAGAUUUGGAAAGAUAAAGUUUGGAUUGAUUUGGAAAUGGGGGGUUGGACUGACCCCCCUAUGCAGAGAUGUUUGGACUUUCCGAGUCUGGCAAUGGGCCGUCAGAUGCUUGGAGCUGUGGGGGCUCUCAAUUUUGGAGGGAAUUUGAAACAUGUCUUAAAAUACCACAUGGAGUCUAAUCUGGACUAUGGGAAAGGGGCUGAUUUGUUGAAAAGGGUCAAAAACACUACCAAGCUGGAGUUCCCACGAGUGAAAGGAAAAUAUGAAGAAGAGCUGCGGAAGGGACAUGGAAGAGACUUGAAGGCCUCGGAUAUAAGAUCACCAGGUUAAUGUGCCAGACUAAUGGGAUAAAAAGGACUGACAAACCCGGGACCAGGAGGAAGGGACGCUGGAAGAAGAUUGGAUUGUUCCUAUUUCUUUUUUUCUAUCAUUAGGAAUGUUUUAUAAAAUUGAUGAAUGUUAGAAAAAUGUUGAAAUGAAAUUACUUGGCUCUUGUAAAAAUGUUUAAAGAAUUAGGUAAAAUGUAAUGGUUAUGAGAAGUUGGUAAAAAUAAGAUUUAAGUCUUAAGCUUUAGGUUUUAUAAGAUAAGAUGAAAAUAGAGUAAGGCAAUGUAAUGACAGAAUACUAUGAAUUAUGGAAAGGAUUUGCUGUGACAACUAUUAAUCAAGAUACAAGAAAAGGGAGGAGGAGGAGGUCAUAGAAAGAAGGUAAUGAAAGUGGAGAAUUUGAAAAUGAUGGUUUUAUUUUUAUUUUUUUCUGUUUUGUCUUUUUUUCUUGUAAUUUUUAAAAAAACUCUUUUUUCAAUAAAUAUCAUUUAAAAAUAUAUAUAUAUAAAUAAGCUUAAUAAAUGUUGCGAUACUCAUUGGCAAGCUUAAAUAAUACUAUUCCGUUAGAAGGAACACUGUAUAAGGACUUGGUAUGAUGAACUGAAACCUUCAUCUGAAAUUAAAAUAGUCCCUGAUUAAGGAGAAGAUUGAGAAAAGUGAAAACUGUUUGGAUCUACAGCUGCUGAAGCUCCUGAAGGAUUUAUCAACCAAUAUGCAAGGUGUUGCUUAACUCUCUUCCUUUUCCCUAAUGCAGGCCUUACAUCAUUGUGAAGAAGCAAAAACCUGCAGUUACAGGCAAGCAUAUGGAAGAACUUGCACAAGGUUAUAGGUAAGCAACUGGGCAUGCAACAUGCUUGUUUCCUUGUCUAGGUAUAGCUAUGCAGAAAUUAGAUAAAUCACAUUAGGUGAUCCUGUAGCAAUUAAAAAAGAAGAUGCUUCUAUCAGUUUGGACCAGAGAUGGGGAACCUGUCCCUCCAAAUAUUUUUCAGCUACUGCAUCAUCUCUGACCAUUGGUCAUGCUGGCUAAGGUUGAUGGAACUUGGAGUCCAGUGACAUGCGGAGGGCCACAGGCUUCCCCUCCCUGUGGGGGAGUAGAAAAUGCUGAGCUAGUGAGACCAACGAUCUGACCCUGUAUCAGGCAGCCUCAAACCCCACUUUCAUUUCAUGCUAGUACAGUGGUGCCCCGCAAGACGAAUGCCUCGCAAGACGGAAAACCCGCUAGACGAAGGGGUUUUCCGUUUUCAAUGCGCUUCGCAGGACGAAUUUCCCUAUGGGCUUGCUUCGCAAGACGAAAAUGUCCUGCGAGUCUUGAGCCCCUUUUUCUAAGCCGCUAAGCCUUUAAUAGCCUUUUAGCAGCUAAGCCGCUAAGCCUUUAAUAGCCGCUAAACCGCUAAUAGCGCUAAUCCGCUAAGCCGCUAAUAGGGUUGCUUCGCAAGACGAAAAAACCGCUAGACGAAGACACUCGCGGAACGGAUUAAUUUCGUCUUGCGAGGCACCACUGUAUAUGAGCUGGUUUUCAGAAGAAUUUAGUUCACAGCAGUAGUAACAGUUCAGUUUCUACACAAAUUGGUCAUUCACUUUUUUAAAUAGAUGCGAUAACAGGGGCUUAAUGUGGAAUUUGUAAGUUAUUUUUACACAUUCAUGCUCUGCCUUCAGGAAUUUUGAAGACUUUUUACACGAAAGUCUGGUUGAAUAUUUGGAUGUGAACGAGGAAAAUGACUGCAACAUUGCACUGUAUGAACAUACAAUUACAAAGUAAGUGUUCUGCGUUAAGAAAUUUGUGUGGUAAAGCUGGUAUUGGCAUAGGAAGGAGUUCCUCAUGUUGUGUUGAGUGGCUUACAGGAGUGAGAGAGCAGGGAAUGAUGCAUAUAUAUGCAGAUAUCUGAGAUAAAGUAUGCUAUAUAUUUAUGAAAAAUGCUCCUCAGGGAUAUUUAUGUUGUCUUUCAUUUGUAUACCUGAUGGAACUAGGAAUGCACUCACGGGGUUCCUGAACAAGCCUGUUUCCCCAUUUAGAUCAGUCAUAUUAUAUUGUUGUUAUUUAUUUAAUUUGUUUGCAGCCCUUCGUCCAAAGGUCCCAGGGCGGCAUAUCUCUUUACAUUUUCCCUUGGAGUGGGUGGGGGAUUUCUUGUACACCCUGGAGCUUCCAGCCUGUAAGGCAUCACUAGGUUACUGACUUGUAAAAUGCAAUAGAGGAACGUUUUGUGUGAUUUAGAAUGCAGGGUCACAGUCACACCACGAUGAUACUGUUUUAUCUCAGAGCUACAAUUCCCAGGACACUUGACAAGCUGCUGUCCCCAGGAUUCCCACAACCGCUAAAGUCGUAUACUAGUGCUUCAGAUGUAUGGAGUGGAUGCAGCCCUUAUAUUUGCCAUUCUCUUCUUCGCUGUCUGUGUGACUUUUCCAUUAUUUCCCUGGUUCAUGAAAGCCAUGAAAUACAUAUUUGAGCCUUCUUGUUUGUCAGUACAGGUAAACUUGGUUGUCUAGCAUGAUCUGUUCCGGAAGACCGUUUGACUUCUGAAACGUUUGACAACCAAGGCGCAGCUCCCGAUUGGUUGCAAGAGCUUCUUGCACUCAAGCGGAGGGCGUGUCGGAAACUCAGGUUCUGAGAAACGUUCAAAAACCGGACCAUUUACUUCCAGGUUUUUGGCAUUUGGGAGCCAAAACGUACGAUAACGGAGGCGUUCGGAAACCAAGGUUUGACUGUAUGUGGGCUGCAAGCUUUAAGAAAUAUAGCUACUUACUCAUGAUCUUUUUGUUUCUCUCCCCUUCCUCCCACCUCCGCUUAAAAGAGAGACAACACACCUGGAGAUUGAACCUUUUACUCUUCUUGGCGUGUGUGCCGGCCUCAUUCCUUACCCUCACCAUAACCAGUCUCCAAGAAACACUUACCAGUGUGCUAUGGGGAAGCAAGCUAUGGGUAAGACCUGGGCCUCACAUCUGAGUAGUUGCUUUGUUGUGCAAGCUGUAUAGUAUUAAAUUAUUUUAAAACCAUUGAUGAUAAGCUGAUUUUGCCAUAGUGGAAUGUGAGAUUCAAAUUUGUUUUUAAAGAUGCUUAAAACAGUAUUGCUAGUAUGAAAGUUACUGUACUUGCUUUUUCAGUGUUGCUGGAGAGCUAGCAAGUGUCUUUAUGUCACCUUGCACUGUAGCGUUCUGUGCUCUGUAUAUUUUUCUAAAAUAAAAAUAAAAACACACAAAGACUGACAGAGAACAUGGAGAUUUCCUGUCAAUCACUAAUGUGUGUAACCUUUCAGUAUUAAUUGCUAGUUCUUUAACAAGAUCUAGAUAUGGAAAUGUAGUUACAAUGAAUUUUCCUUUUCUAGGAAAAGCUGGAAUGCACUCGUUAUCAGUGGCUUCUUAAUGUGGUAACAUAUAACACGAGCGUUGCAAUCUUAAGCACAUUUACAGAUUUGAGUUCAGUGGAUGAUACCUUUGAGCAAACACACAUAAUACCAAACUACAACUGUGGAAAAGCAGCAGAUUCUCAUAUAUGCUAAAUUUCAAAUAGUAAUGCAUUGCUAUCCUAUUUCACAAAUGUUUUGCCAUCUUUUGCUCUCUGGCUAAACUUUCCCCCAUUAGUUAUUUAUUACAAGUACAUAUAAAGUAGUGUAUAAGGUUCACAAAAACAAACAAACCCACCUGCCAGUAGUUCAUAUUAGAGUGUGCUAGUCAUGCAGUUCAUAUGUCAAUGCAGGAAUACAAGAUGGCCUUCCAAAAAAGAUAUUUUGUCUCAAUCUAGCAAUCACUAUUAUUUCGUUAAAUGAGCAUGGCAAUUCCAGGGGUGCAAAUCCACCUCCCCAGUCUGUAGAACCUGUGGACACAAAACUCGCUCUUUCCAUUAAAAUGAAUGGGGCAAUGCAUGGGUGCAUUGUGUGCAUGUUGACCCUUGUGUCAUAUGUUUGCUCAUUUAUGAUAACACACAAACACACACACACACAAACUUUCAAGCCUUCAUUAAAAUAAACUUAGCACUUCCUGGGCUUACCAAUUGGCAUUGUAUCAUAUAGCUUUAAACUGGGUCAUUUACCCCCCCCCCCCCCCGGAAAAAAAAAUAUUUGUGACUAAAUCUCUCCCAUCCCAUCCCCACUCUUGGACACUGUCCUUGAAAAAUUUAUCUGGAGCAGUUUCACCUGCAAGCAGUGCCAGAGAGUUGUGUUCUUACUAUCCCCUGUUCAGUUAUUGAGACUUACUCUUGAAAAGUUAACACCAAGUUGUGUUUAAAAUAUUUACUAUUAAUACUUUACUAUUAUGUAUGUGUCAUUUCUGGAAAUCACAUUUCCCUGAAUAAAUUCUAAAACUGAAUCAUGUUCCUUCUCUGUCACUUUCUGGCAGAAAUAAAAAGUUGGAGGGAAAAACAUAUAUAUAUGCGUACUUUUUAUUUUAUUUUUGUCUCUCUUUUUUACUGUGAUUCCCCCCCCCCCGCCCGCCCCGGGGACUCUAUUUUAGGACUAUUAGCCUCAGAAGGUUUGGUUAGUUACCACACACAGUUAAGCAGGAUCAGUGUGUACAGAAAGCCAAUUCAGUAUCUGUAGAGUUCUUUUGUAGUUUUCUGUGUGAAGGUCUUUUUUUCUCGUUUUGUUUUCAGUGUCAUUUGCAAUUCAUUGUCUGUGUUUUCUGAGGUUGGUGUAUUCAGCUGCUUUGACCCUGGGUCUUGCACAUUUAGCUCCUUGGAUACAAUCCUCUGACGUUACUGCUGACGCCGGGAACACAAAAGCUGCUGAAUAUCUUUAGUAAUAUUUUUUUCUAAGGCUUUGUUUCUGUCUGCUAUUGCAAAGCACCUGACUCUGAAGAAAGAGCAGGGAGACAAAACUGCAUUUCUAAAGUUGGCAUAUUACAGAUUUGUUUAAAUUGAGUUUUUACAUUGUGUGCGGAACGUUUGCGAAAAACCUAUGGAAUCUCCUCCCUCCCACCAGGGAAAAAAGCACCCUAUGUGGUCAUAGUUGCAAUUCUCUCCCAGUCCUCCUAGAUUUGCUAGGAUAUUUGCUAAGUAAUAUCAGCACUGAGGAAAUUUUGUGCUGAGUCUCAUAAACUGACUGUUUUGAGUCUGUCUGCGGUGAUUCAUCGCAUCAGAUACGUUUGCCCUUUAAAAAAAAUCACCCCAGCCCUUUCUAUAGUCGUCUUUGCCCACCCCCUGCUGCCACUAACUGUCUUUGUAUUGUCCUGGAGGAGAUCCAUGUUCAAGUCCAUUUAGUCACUUCCUGGGCUGUCAAGAGCUUGGGAUUAUUGAGAUAGCAUUUUAGCUUCCUGCUGAGAAGAAAGGACCCAUUGCUCAGCCUUGCCCCAUUCUGAUCACUGAAAUGCUUUCAUUGCUUGCAAAAAUUGCAUCCUUGGGCUUAGCAGUCAUUCAAGUGAGGGAAAUGGGUGUGUCCCAUAAUAUGCAGGUGCUGUAGAUGUAUUUUGGAAAGUAUGGUGGGCAUACUCAAUAGCGAAAAAUAUGGUUUUAGGUUAUAGGCUUGGGUGAGCUGUUGCAAGACUAUUUAAGCAUUUUACUUAUAAUGCUUAUAUCCUGGUUUUCCUUCAAGAAGCUUAGAAUGCAGCUGAUCUGAGGCUCCCAGGUGGUGUUGCGUCCAGGCACUGAGCCGGGUGACACCUAGCUAGGCUUCAACAAUGUAAUAGUAUCAUAUUCCUCCAAGCAGUCUCUGGAUGAAUGAUGACAGGGACUCUUGAGUAGCUUCUAUAUGUGCAGCAGAACUUUAGAGGUUGUGGAGAAGCUGCUCCAAAUUCUGGAGGAUCUUCAAGUCUCUUGUCUCAUGCGGUGUGCGUUGUUUCAGUAGAAUAGAAUUGGAGGGAGCUUUAGUGCACAUUUGGAAAUGCUUGGAUGUGCAAGGCUAUUGGAUCCCAGCUAUAAUGUUAAAAGGAACUCAAAGAGAUAAAUUAUCCAUCUAAAUAAUACAUUCAGUAGCAGCAGCAGGAGGAGUAUAUAUUUAUUUAUAUCCCAUCUUUUCCCCAGUCCAGGGCUAAAGGUAGCUUACACAGAUAAGAUGUCAUAGCAAACUGUGGUUUGUUGUUACAAGAACAUGCUGAAGCCAGUGUUUGGAACUCACACGCCACCCUCCCCUUCCUCUCUGCUUUCCCGCACAAAGAGAGGAAAUGUUAACCUGCCAUUUAUGGUUUGUAACAAACUGCUGUUUCCUAUUUUGUCUUAUUACAGAAAACUAAUUUGCGCAAACCAUAGUUUAGCAAAGCAGGAUAUCAGAUGAGAAUUGUUAACUAUGGUUUACACAAAUCAGUGUUUCUUGAAUUGUGUUAAAAACACAAAACUGAUACUUUAGCAUUCUUUCUUCUGUUUAUGGAGGAGUAGGAAGAAUACAUACUUCCAAAAGCUCAAAUGGAAUAGGUACCUAGACUAGUUAACUAGCAUAUUAGCUUCCCAUGCAGCUGUCAAAUAUGUUCAUAUUUAAGAAAGAUACAUGUUGCUAUUUAAAAUAUUGGUGAUGAAUUGUUUUGCUUAUUAAAAAUAUAUGAGGGUUAGAUCCAAACUUGGUCAUGCUUAGAAUAAGCCUAUUGAAAUCAAUGGGAAUGUGUCUGGAUCCAGCUCUCUGUGCUUUGUUCAGUAGUAAAGUUCCAAACAUACAGGAAAGAUUGGCCUUUUCAGGGAGUGAUGUUCAUACACUGAUUGCUAUCUAAAGGUUUUAUGGAACCUCAGGAAUGCACUCACCAUUCAUGUCUCUGAAAAGGGAAACUUUUACAGGCACAGCUCUGGAUUGCAGCCAUUAUGCCUUGCCCCAUGGCUAAUCCACCGAAGAAGCUGUUGUAUUUCUAACUAGGUUGCUGCAAGCCCAGUUCUUGAUAGAGAAAUAGACUUUAUAGUGGCUUUUGCACCCUAGCUGUAGGGUAGGUAACACAAGAACUGACAGGUGAUAUCUUGAGGUAAAUAAAUGUUGCCAAAAGUGGGCUGGUGAGAUCAGACCUUUGGCGAUACAGCCAUGUUGUCCAAGCAUUUCUUGAUUUAGGUUUAGGUUUUUAUGACGUUACUGUUUUAAAAAGAGAGAAGAGGGAGAAAGAAAAGUCACGUAUCAUAAAAUUUCAUUUGGUUAGUGAGAUUGAAAGAAACACUGAGGCAAUGGUGAACCCAGGGUGGUUGGGGUUUUUUUUAAUAUAAAGUUGUUUAGAUGGAUAGUUUUGUUAUACAUUUGCUUAUUGGCUCUAUGACUAUGAGUUUUAUUCAACUAAGUUCUACUCAGCAUAGAUCCAUUAGGGUCUGAAUUAGACCCACUGUCUCCAAUACUAGUCAUUCUUGAAGUGGGCCCAAACUGAUAUUAAUGAACAUGACUAAUUUAAGUCCAUUAAUGCCCAUGGGUCUACAAACAUGAACUACAGUCCUUUUUAAACCGUGUAUAUAUAUUGCUGUUUAUUUGAUAUGUGUGCCACUUUGGUACAUUCUUCUAUAAAUGCUGCAUACAUAGACAGAGGAGGAGGACAGAUGAGACUUAGCUGAAGGUAGAUUGAAGAAGUGCUAUAUGGAGCACUCUUUAGAGUCUCCUAUUUGAAAGCAGUAUCAGACAAAUUAUAGAGCCUGGGUACUUGCAGCUUUUUCUGAUGACUUUUCCAUACCACUUACUAGUAGUUGGUAUUGUAAAAAACAGCGUUUUCAAGAAUCAUCCAAGCUAUUUUGCUCAUGAUAAUUGCCCAGCACAACUUGGGUCCAAGCUAUCUGAAAGACUGUAUUCCCUCAUACGAGCCCAUCUGGGUUUUGAGAUCUUCAGGGGAGGCCUACCUCUUGGUCCCACCACCCUCACAAGAACGCUUGGUGGGGAUGCAGGACAGAGCCUUCUUAGUGGCGACUCCCAGACUCUGGAACUUCCUCCCUGGAGAAGCUAGAUUGGCUCCCUCCUUUCUCUUCCAUUGGCAGUCGAAGCCCUUGUUCCAACAGGCUUUGGGGAAACUGUCUGCUUUUUGUGAAAGGGCUGGUACUGUGCUGUUUUUAUUGCAUUUAUUUGUAUGUUUUAAACAUAUGUUCUGUAUGUUUAUAGUUUUAAUUCUAUCAGUGUUUGCUUUUACUAUUGUUUGCUUUUAUUAUUGUUUUUUCAAUGUUUUUAGCAAUUCUUGUUUUUAUUUGUAGGCUACCUUGAGUCCUUACAGCAAAAAAGUCAGUGUAUAAAUGAAAUAAUAAUAAUAAUAAUAAUAUCUUUUUUAAAUUGCAGGUACCAUUGGAUAUAAUCAGAGAAACAGAAUAGAUACUCUUAUGUAUCUGUUGGCGUAUCCCCAAAGACCAAUGGUUAAAACAAAAACCAUAGAACUCAUAGAUUUUGAGAAAUUGCCGGCUGGACAGAAUGCUACAGUUGCUGUGAUGAGUUACAGUGGUUAUGACAUUGAAGAUGCUCUUGUGUUAAACAAAGCUUCUUUAGACAGAGGUAAGAAGGACCUCAUAAUGCUCUGCCAUUAUCAGUGGAUUGAGAGCUAUGUUUCUUUCUUCAGCUCAAUUCAUUCAACCAUGGUAAAUAAAUUUAACUGCAGUUCAGUGGAGAGGGUAGUCAUCGUGGUAUCCUUCAGCCAUUUUGCUGAACUACAAAUCCCAUCAUCUCUGACUAUUGGCCAUGGUGUCUGAGGCUGAUGGGGGCUGGAGUCCAAAAAGUACUGGAGGGCAGAACAUUGGCUACCCCAGAUAUAGGGUAAUAUUUCACUUAACAAGCCAUGGUUUGGGACCUGUCAUGUGUUUUUAAACCUGUGGUUUGUAAAAGCUAUGGUUUGGUGUGAUUCCUGAACUAGAAAAUUGUAGUUAUGGCCAUUGCUCUGAUUUCAGAAGCGCCUGCAAGAUAAAACUGGGAAUGCUGAGCUGAUUAAAAACAAAAGCAAGCAGGCACCUCUGAACCCAAUUGGCCUGUACAUUUGCAGCCUAAAUUAUGGUUUUGGGCUAAGCUAUUACCAUAGUUUGACUUCUUCCCAUAACAAUAAACCAUCGUUUAGCAUUACACCUAAUUGCAGCCACUGUGUUACAGCAAACAAAAUAGGAAAAGGCAGUAUAAAAUUGCUUUGCAAACCUCUAUACUUAAUCCUGAACCAGAGUACUUUUUGAAAAGGAAGCAAGCUCUCUAAACCAAUGCUUUUUAAUGCGUACAAUUGCAGUGUCAUAUAUCCUUUAGCAGAGCUGGCAUCUGACCAAAAGGAACGUACUAAAUUUUGCCGGAGGUUGGUGUGUGUGUGUGUGAAUGUAUCCUGCUGUCUUCACUUUGAUGAAGCUUGUCUGGAUGAUCUGGUUUUAGUGUUGUGCUAACAAUCAUUUUCAAAGUGCCAUCUCCCUUGAGAAAUGCCUAACAUUUAUUUUGCGUAGCCACAAAACUUUCCUGCCAGCUUGUGCUGAUACAUCCUAGCACACUUUCCCCAGCCUUUGCACCCCUCCUUGCUAGUUGCCAGGCAGCCAUACUUGUAUUCCUAGACAUGUAUCUUUGGCAUUAAUGUCUGCACACUUAAUUUAUUCUUUUUUUCUAAAACAAUGGCAGACAUGAUUUAAAGCAGAAUGUUUUCCUUCUUGCAGACUGCUAACAUUGGGGGGAAAUCAAAGACUGUUCAGAAUUACUUCGUAUCACUGAAUAAUGUAGAUACGUCAAGCAUAACUUACAGCUAUUUUUGGGUUUUCAAUCCAAAGUUUAUUCAGAGGCAUUCUACUUGUGUUUAGAAAUAUGUAUGCGUUUUAGUCAGUUAAGGCUAAGGAAGGAAACUCAGUGCAUUUGUAUGUUUAGCUCUAACUUUUAGUUCUUACAAGCAAAAGUUAUCAGUAUCAUUGACUGAUAUUUUUAGAAGGGCAAACUACAGGCGAUACUUCUUUUAAAAAAUACUUUGAGGCCUUUAUUAAAACUAUGGAAAGUUUCUGGCCACUUUGAACUCACAGUUUUAACAAGAGUAGCCAUAUUAGCAAUCUCUGACUAACAAUUUUAUUGCGUCAUAAGGUUUCAUUCACCAGGGCCCAUCGCAUUUUCAUAGUACUUGUUAGAGACGGUUUUAAUUGUUUUACAGUGUUUUAACUGUGUUAUUUUCUUUUAUUUUUAAUUGUGUUGUUUUAUCUUUGCUGUCCUUGGAUUUUCAUGGAGAAAGAGGAGGAUAUAAAUUUAAUAAAUAAAUAAAUGCCAGCUUUUGUAGCCUGCAGAGGUCCAUGCCAAAAUUAGUGCAGCCUGAUCCUAUACUUUCAAUUACACAUAGGAUCUAGAUAUGUGAAAGCUUGGAGGGGGGGACCAGAAAAAUUGCGCAGGAGACCUACUUCCCACGCCAAUUUUUUCCAUAUAUAUUUUUUCAGGCCUUCUCUAGCAGGAUCACAGCCCUACAUUUUUAAAGGUGUCCAGGAAAUAUAUUUUUAGUUGCAUUAUCUUAUAAAUCAGUGCUACUCAAAGUGGUGGUCCACGGACCAGUGCCAGUUCACAAGCCACUGGCUGCCAAACCCCAGUGACUCCACCACAGCCCAGGUUGGGUGGGAUGCUUCAGGGACUAAAUAGGGUACCAGGCCCUGGUACCUUGGGAUGGGAAUUGCCGGUCUACCACAUCAGAUAGCUUGAGAAGCACUGUUAUAAGUAACUUUUCAGAGGGCUCAUUUCUGUACUGUAGAGGUAGAUUGUGAACUUGCAACGUAAUAGUCACUUAACUAUCUAACUCUCAUGGUAGGAAUUUUGAUCAACUUGUUUGCUUUCUCUGAGGUUUUGGAAGGUGUCUCGUGUACAAGAAUGCCAAGUGUACUCUGAAGCGUUACACAAAUCAGACAUUUGACAAGGUGAUGGGACCCAUGCUGGAUGCAGCUACACACAAGCCAAUCUGGCGCCAUGAAAUUCUAGAUGCUGAUGGUAUUUGCUCUCCAGGUAUAAAGUGAUGUUUUGUGUAUUUUAAGAAACUAUCAUUUUGCGCAAGUGUGCUAGGUACAAUACAGAACACGGCAGCCCCAUGCCCUGUGGCAUUCCAUCAAAGUAACAGAGUAAAUGUGAAGGGCUGAGGGAUUAAUAAUAGUGGGGAAGCAUUCAGUGUAACAGAGAGCAGAUGAAAUUAUAAUGCAUGCUUUGUCAAAGUUGAGUUUUAAGAUGGAGUAUAGCUAAACAAAGUGAAAACUUUGUGCCAGGCAAAUAAGUUCUUGUUUGCCCUGGUAUUUGGUUCUUAAUUGGUGGGGUUGGCCCACCUAUGAGGCAAGGUGAGGUGACUGCCUCAGGCGGUUGGAGUCACAGGGGCAGAUCCUGAUGACAAUCUUUCUCCCCUCCCCGCCACCCUUGUUCCUGAUGUAGAUCUUCCUUCACCCCGUCUUCCCUGAUGGGGGAGGGGGCCCCAUUUUGGGGUCUGCCUCAGGUGCCAAAAUGUUUUGGGCCAGCCCUAUUAAUUGGGAUCAGAUGAUAUGAUGAAACCUUAGCCUGUAUUGGUGUUCAUCUUUUAGUAUGAUGGAGGAGGCACUGUCAUUAAAAUGAUCACUUUUAGUAAAUAAUACUAUGUGUUCAUCCUUUAGUGGGACGGAACAUGAUUGUCCUUUUGUAACAUUGCAGGAUGAGCACUUUUAGUCAUUGAUGGGGGUUUAAUGUUAUUUAAAAUUUUGUAUUUGACGUUCUUUUACAACUCUAUGUCUUUUUGAGACAUUUUAUGUAAUAUUAACAGAUAAGUGCAAAAAAUAAUAAUAAUAAGCUUAUUGGUGGCUUUUUAAAACUGUCCACUUAGAAUAAUAAGACUCAGUAGUCUGUUCACUGCCAAUUUUUUCUUUACUUGAAAACUUUUUUAAAUACAGUGGUGCCUCGGGUUACAUACGCUUCAGGUUACAUACGCUUCAGGUUACAGAAUCUGCUAACUCAGAAAUAUUACGUGGAUUAAGGACUUUGCUUCAGAAUGAGAACAGAAAUCGCGCUGCGGCGGCAGGAGGCCCCAUUAGCUAAAGUGGUGCUUCAGGUUAAGAACAGUUUCAGGCUAAGAACGGACCUCCGGAACGAAUUAAGUACAUAACCAGAGGUACCACUGUACUUCAUAAUUUUGAUCAACUUGAUGCAUUAAAAAAGCACAACCUGUUUUCUUCUUCCUACAUCCUUACAGGUGAAAAGGUAGAAAACAAGCAGGUGCUUGUGAACAAGUCAAUGCCAACUGUGACCCAGACGCCUCUGGAAGGCAGCAGCAUCCCGCAGCAACCACAAUAUAAAGAUGUGCCCGUAACGUAUGUCACACCAUCAUACUUUAUUUCUAAAAGCCAGAGGGGGAAAUGAAGAGUGGAUAGUUCAUGCUUAGUUCUGGAAAAGUGGGAAAUAAGGCUGAGCAGCAGAAGGCAGGGAGACCAGGUCAGGAACUUCAUUGGAUCACAGACAGUGAACUUAGUUUUCCAGGUUGUGCAGUGCAGAAUAACUGUAGGCUAAAGUACACAUUCCAUUAAUCAUGCUGUUAAAGUGCUUAAGCUGGCCACUUUUAUUCUGAAAGAAAACUAGCUCCAUUCUGGAACAUGCUGUAUACCUCAAAUAUAUAGAAUCACAGAAUUGUAGAGUUGUAUAUUAUUUGAAGAGAACAUCCAAAACUCAUGUAACAAUAAAUGCAGAAGCUGUUCAGGUAAAUGUCAUUUCUAUUAUAAUUUUCACUUAUCGUGGAAGGGCUGGGCUGCAACUUACUCUUUAUUUAAUGUUCUUUUUUAAUAUUCAAGCACAGUGGUAUCAUUUUUAAAUCAGGGACAGAAAGGUGUCUGUCAUUCCUUUCCUUAUAAUUUAAUUCCAAAUGCGUUUUAGCAGUAGUUUUAGUAUAAAAAAGUACAUUUGCUGUCUGAGCUUAAAACUUGCAACCUGAUGUCCCACAAACAAUAUGGCUUUAUUUCUGAGAAAUGAAAUAUGUGUUUUCUCUCCUAAUCGUUAGUUACAAAGGUGCAACUGAUUCAUACAUUGAAAAAGUCAUGAUAUCUUCAAAUGCUGAGGAUGCAUUUUUGAUCAAAAUAUUGCUGAGGCAAACGAGGCGGCCAGAAAUUGGAGACAAAUUUAGCAGUCGCCAUGGGCAAAAAGGUAUAUACAUUGUUAUGUUUAAUUUUUUUAAUUUGCUGUCCUUGAAAUAAUGCAAUAUGCAUUGCUUAUUUUGUAGCAUAUGGGGGUAUCUGCAUAAAAUUGGUAUAUACAUAUACCGUAUUUUUCGCCCUAUAGGACGCACUUUUUCCCCUCCAAAAAUGAAGGGGAAAUGUGUGUGCGUCCUAUGGGGCGAAUGCAGGCUUUCGCUGAAGCCUGGAGAACGAGAGGGUCGGUGUGCACCGACCCUCUCGCUCUCCAGGCUUCAGGAGAGCCCCACGGCCAGCCCCACAAGCUCGGGGGACAGCGGGGAGGUGCAGCGCGCCAUCCCGCUGUCUCACGACCUGGUUUGGAGGCUGGGGGCGGGCUUCCCCCUCCCCCAGCCGCGCAAGCUGCCAGAGCGAUGCCGAAGCUGCGCGCAGCUUCCGCAUCGCUCUGGGACCCGUUCUGGGGGAGGGGGAAGCACCGGCUUCCCCCUCCCUCAGCCCCGCAAGCUGCCAGAGCUGCCUGUUCUGGGGGCUGGGGUUGGCGGAAGCUCGGGCUUCCCCCGCCCCAGCCCCGCGCCUGGGGGGGGGGAUAAAUUUUUUCCCCUUUAUUCCCCCCCCCCCCAAAAUCUAGGUGCGUCUUAUGGGCCGGUGCGUCCUAUAGGGCGAAAAAUACGGUAUGCUGCUCUCAGCUAUUCAUAAGUACAUAUGCUCAUGUUACUAAAAAUGUGUCAGUGGAUGCAAAUGACUGGGAGCCUAAUACUGUAAAAUAUAGAAUAUAACAAUGCUAACAAAGAAUGGAAAUUGCUCUGUUUUGAAAUAACAAUUCUGCACACAAUUGGCCAAAAUAUUCCAAUCUCUUUGUCUUUGUGCAUGUACGUGUGUGUGUGUGUGUGUGUGUGUGUGAAUGCAUAUACAGUGGUACCUCGGGUUAAGUACUUAAUUUAUUCCUGAGGUCUGUACUUAACCUGAAACUGUACUUAACCUGAAGCACCACUUUAGCUAAUGGGGCCUCCUGCUGUCCCGCGCCGCCGGAGCACGAUUUCUGUUCUUAUCCUGAAGCAAAGUUCUUAACCUGAAGCACUAUUUCUGGGUUAGCAGAGUCUGUAACCUGAAGCGUAUGUAACCUGAAGCGUAUGUAACCCGAGGAACCACUGUAUCCAAGUGGAGAUGGAAUUGCAAUCUUACUUAUCACUGAUCUGUUGAAACUUUAAAAGGGUUACUGGAUUUUAAAGAACAACAGAGCUGAGUGCAACCACCAUUGUGCUUCCUUUUGGUUUACUUUAUGGGUGCGUGGCAAGCAGCAGUAGCAGGAGAUUGAAAUAAAGCAAUUGACUGUCCCUUCAUGAUGUUCACGAUGCUUCUAGCCAGCUCUGCCUAUGAGGAUUAGGAGUGUUUCAGCACUUCCAAUCUGCUGUCCAGACCUUAGGUGGUAUUUCAUCCCACUCUGGUCACUGCAGGGCCACUUGGCUAAAAGAUGGUACAACAUGCAGAGUUCAUUUGCAGUGACGGACUGAUGCUAACUGAAUUUAGGCCCCUUACUUAUAAUUCUCAAUUGUGUAAAACUCACUAUAUCUUUUAACUUUUUAUUAAAGAAUAUUUAGCUGAUGAAAAACCUGCCUUACAACAGCUUGGGCAAUUGAAUAAAUUCUAAUAUUGCCAAGACCUUGAUGGGGUUGCCUUUUGGAGCAUGCCUGGAAUUUUUAUAAGCAGAAGCUACCAGCUAUCUUUUUUGAAAGAUAAUGCAUCUUUAAUGCUGCGGAGCUCAGUGGGUGUCCUUGGACCAGUCACCAUCUUUCUGCCUAACCUACCUCACAGAGCGAUUGUGACAAUAACAUCUUGGAAGGCAGUGACCAGUAUCAUGUGAGUCAGCUUUAGCUUCGGGAAGGAAUGGCAGGUUGUAAAUGAAACAAACAAACAAACAAACAAACAAACGAUAAAUUAAAAAAAAUCAAGUUAGGAAUAUUGUCACAUAAGCGCCUCAUUUGCUUUCUGUUAUCAGGCAUCAAUCAAAGUGUGAAAAUGAGGUUGUUACCUAUAAACAAACCACUUGCUCAGAUGCAUUGCUGAUAAGGCCUCAGUUUCUACGUCUUCCCUUAGCAACUCUGCAGCAAAAUUAAGGUAGCAGACCUGCUUUUCAGAGAAUCUAGGGGGAAACCAAUAGGAAUCCCCCAGGUGAAGUUUCUUGAUAAGGACAUCUCCUGCGUAAAGCAUUCAGACUUGUUAAUUUCCCCAAGUGCUCUACAAAAUAUAUGCAUUGUUUUCAGUGCACUUGGAAUGGUAUGCUUGACUGCUUUGCAUACCGUGCCUAAUUAUGUUAAUCAUAGAAAAACGUGAAGCUGGAGCUUGCUAGAUGCCUGACCACUUUCCAAGCCGCAGUUCUGCUGUUGGAAACAACUCCCAACAAAUGCCCGUCAAGCCUUUCUUCUUCAAAUGUUUCAGUGCAGGAGAUGCCAUAGCAUACCUUGGAACUUUAGACCAUUGCUUAGUCUGCAUGACUGUUCCCCUGAACCCACCCCAUAAUGUCUAACCUAAAAAAUAUAACUUCUUACAAGAGAAGGGUACAGUUGUCCUUAGCAGAUAGGUUCAGUAUUGGUUCCUCUUUGUUUUAUGAGACCCUUUUGAAAAUAUACCACUCGCAAUCUUCUCUUGCUCUGUGCAGCAUGAGACAAUAUUGAGUACAUUCAGAGCCUCAGUCAGUGCCCCCUGGGAGCUGAGUGUAUCCUGCGAGGUGCCCCAGAAUCUUCUGCAGCACCCACAUUUCUGCAGUUGACAAAACAGAGUGGAAAUUGUAUUUACUGAAAGGAGGAAGCUGGGGGAAAUACUGCUCCAAAGUCAUUAAAAAAAAUGUUGCUUCAAUAAUAUUUCAGAAUUCUGUAUCUUCUGAAAGUUGUGGAUAAGCAGAUGUAAAACCACACUCUAUUCAGUAAUGAUGCACUUUGUUGGUGCUUCUCAUUUUUACCCUUCUGUAAAGGGUGCAGUUUAGGGGAUACUUGAAAUUUUGCAAGGAACAUCCUUGCAUUCUUUUGGAGUGCCAAACAGAGAAACCUAAACCCAUUUGAGAUAAUAUUCCAGUUGUUAUAUCAGUAGCUUGACUUCCACCAGAUAUCUUUUGAUUGAGCUCAAACAAAAGGAAUGAUUUAGCAGCCAUGCUUCUUUUUUUUCAAAUUCACAAAAACUGAAAUCAGUUCUUGAUUCCACAGAGGGCUGGGAGAACACAAAAGUUCUGACUUCUAUAUUCACCAGAUCAUUAUAUUUCCAGAUUUCCUCUUGCUUCUGUAAAAGUCCCAGUGAAGGGGGAAAGUUAGGCUCCUUUGAUGUGAAAAAAGCAAUAUAUCACUUCUCUGAAAGAAGGUUUUGCAGUCUCUCAUGUGAAAAAGGAUUAACACCUCCAACAAUGGUCUUGCAGAUCACAGAGCUAAGCAGCAAUGCUGAGCAGUAUUCCUGAAGUGGAAGAACUGUAUUUAAGGAAGGAGGAUUGAAAUGGCAAACAGAAGCUGUUUUAAUAGCUAAAGAUCCCAGAUAAAGGCUUAAACAUUUCUUGAAGUAUUUGCACUAAAAUGCCUCUAAAGACAAGGAAAUGACUUCAAAUUCAUAAAUGCUAUCUUUAGGAAAACAAAGUUCUGUGGCCCUUAGCAUUGAGAUAGUGCGUGUUCACUGUAGUGCAGAAUAAAGAUACAUUAUUCACAAUAUCCAGUACCUCUUAUAGCCUUUUUCUUCUCUGGUAUUAUUUAAUUAGUGUACACUAUUAAAAGCACAUGUCUGACAAACUCAAACCCAGGAUGGUAGACAUAUUCCUUUAAAAAUAUAUGGUGGCCUGAGGACCACAUGAAGUAUCUUUCUUAGUCUAUUUUUGUCCUGCUUUUCAGCCAGCAGGCUUCCAAAGCAGCUUACAUCAGCCAAUCCAAUUAACUGAGGAAUCCUAUGUAUGUCUGCUCAGAAGUAAGCCCUAGUGAAUUCAAUGGGACUUAUUUCUAGGGACGCAUGUAUAGGAUUGCAGCCUAAAAGUGCAAUAAAACUGCAAUUAAAAUGCUAUUAAAGGCAGAACUCAAGUUAAUCCAUUGGAAGAAAAUACAUAAUUCCAGUAGAAAGAAUUAAAAUCAUACAUGAAGCUCCAGUGAAGAGGCCUUGGACCGCUUUGGGGGGGAAAACCCCAACAAUGAGUUAAUUGGGUAAAUAUACAGAAGGAAGUUUUGAGGGCUGGGGGUGGGUGGGCAGGAAGCAUUGCUCAUAGUUUCUAAGCAUAAGUGAAUUCAUUGUUUUUCUUUUUCUAUUCUUGUCACUUUUGCCACACACAAGCGUCUUGUAUAACUCCAUGCAGUUUUGGAGCUUUAAGAUUCCUUGUGAAAAUGGGAGUCAAUCCAUUAAGUACUAAAUAAUCUGGAGUAGUAGCAAUAUAUUUUAGACCCGGGUAGCCCACAUGGUCCCAUCCAGAUGUUGGGCUUCCACUCAUUAGCCCUGCCCAGCAGUCGGAGUGAUGGGAGUUGCAGUGCGACAACUAGGGAGCACCAUGUGGAUUAGCUCUGCUUGAAGAGAAACGGCCAUUGAUGCCUUAGUGGAACUCAGAGUUGGGGGACAGGUUGUUUUAACCAUAACAUCUGGUUCCAUCUUGUUGGAUCUCUUAACCAGCUGGGGGGCCAAACUUGGCCCUCCAGCUGUUUUGGGACCACAACUCCCAUCAUCCCUAGCUAACAGGACCAGCGGCCAGGGAUGAUGGGAGUUGUAGUCCCAAAACAGCUGGAGGGUCAAGUUUGGCCACCACUGUCUUAACCCAUCUCAUCCCUUGGAUCACAGCACUGAAAGCAUUACAAAAUUGUAUUGAAUUAAAACGAAGCACAGAAUUAUCCCCCCUCCCCCCCCUUUCCACUUGAAGCAUGUCCAUACAAGACUCCCAACUUUCGUAACUUUUUUUUUUUUAACCACUGCUUAACUUGCUGUUCUGAGUGUCAAGUAAGCAUUUUAACUCAAAUAACAAACAGGUAACCUUCUGACCCUUUUCAGUAAAUCUCCCCCCCCCCCCAUUUUCCCCCUCUCCUCCCUUCUCCCAAAUUACGGUAGUUUAGCAUUUUAUGGCACAGAAUAAAAAUCUCCCAAUUCUGUUUCCAAAUAGUAUAUAUCCUAAACACAUUUUUCUGAAGCUCUCGAGUCAUUCAGCUAUGUGUAUUUUGUAAAGUUCCUAUGGUUAUUGUUUUACAAUAGCUGCUUCCAGGAGCAUUGUAGGGGUUUCAGUUAAUCAGCUCUUUGUGUGCUUCAGACUAUGCAAAUUUAUCACACCAGACCAUUCAGCAGCUCAUGGGAAACCAGUGUACAAGCUGCAUUGUCUUCUAGCACCUCCUCUAAUUUAAAAUGGUUUUAAUAAAGAAGCUAAUCAAGUUUGCUUAUGUAUUAUUUAUCUGUCAAUUUUAAUUCUGGCCAUCUCGAUGUCAUAUGAGAAGUACUAAGUGAUAGAAUAGAUCCACAAAUGAUUCAGCAACGGAACAAAACUAAAAUUAAUUGGUGCUGCUUUGCUCUUGUACAUAUUUAAGCAAAUAGUGUCUGCUAACUCGAAGACCAUGUAGUUUUGGCAUUUGCAAUAAUUUAUUUUGCUAUAGUGAUAAACUAGAUCUCCUAAAUACUUCCAUACAAUUCUGAAUUAACAGAGGGUUUUGGGGGGCGGCGGGGGGUGGGUUUAAAUCACAUUAUCUGGGUCUCUUAAUGCCAGGAAUAGCAUUGAAUCGGUUCAUUUAUUUAAAUCAUCUUUAUCCCACACCUUGAACAUGUGGCUCAUAGGUGAACUUUGAAAGCAUACAGUUAAAAGCAUUUUUGCACAUUCUGAGAUCUCCGCUUGAGCGGCAUAGAACAGUAGAAGGUAAAAUUCAAGAUAAAUUGUAUUUAUUUGCUUUGAAUGGCCAUCAUAAUGUCCUCUUUUUUGCUCUUUAAAAUAUGGCAAUCCUACCCAACAGAAACUAGCAGCACUGCAGCUGUUGCUUCUGACCCAGAUGUGUCAUAGUUUGCACUCUGUAUACUAUGGGCUGAAUCAGACUUUAAGCAUGAUAGGAUUAUUUGCCUUAUUUAGAACCUUAAGAGCUUUGUCAUUAUGAAAAGUAUCUUAUGCUUAUGAUUUUACUCCUACUGACAGAUUUUUUUGAUAGCUGAGCAGUAUGGGAUUAUUAUUAUUAUUAUUAUUGCAACAUAUUCUGCUAUAAAUGACAUGAAUUCUUGGAUUUUGUACAUGGAGGGAAAACACAAAACUGGUGCAGGAUGUAUCUGAAAGCUUCAGAAUAUCUGCCUAAGACUUUGGGCUUGAAAACAGGAACCUAAUAGAUACACAGCCCCAUUCAAUCUGGGCUCUGAUAUUUACAGAGCCCUUCACAUGGACCCUGGACACAUGGAAACUGCUUCUUCAUGAGCUGCAGGAUGCCAUAUCAGUGGAUCAGGGCCCAUGUGCCCAGCACUCCCCGUGUGAUCAGAUCUCUCAAUAAUAGCUAAGCUAUGUGGGAGCAUCAACAAAAGCAGCCAGGGUAAAAUUUUAAGGUCUUUAUGUCUUUUAGAGCAAGAUCUGAGGCCACUAACUCCGUGACCAGUAAAGCCCAAACAAAAGACCCAAAUACUUUUGCAAAGUAUUCUAAAAUAUAUGUGGUGCUUUUGAUUUUGUGCUACUCCCCGCUAAAAUAUUUUGAACAGGGCAAAAUAAUCAACAGUUGUCUGAUUAUGUCUGAUGCCUAAAAAAAAGAUAUAUUUGUGCAAAACAUCUACGCUAUCCUUACAAAAGGUUACUUGAUGUGUAUUCCACAGAAAAUGGGGCAUAUUGGAUUCUACUUUUUGCUAUGCAGACGCUACAGAGAAUACACAGAUAAAUGGUAUCUGAUCUAUAAAGAACGUAUGUUGAAACAAAAAUUGGCAAUGCCUUGCUAAUAUCCAUUUCUAAUAACCUUGAGGCAUGAGCGAAAAUAAUACCAAAAUAUAUUCUUAAUUGCAGAAUCCAAUAAUAUAGCUAUCGUGGUGCUAAGUGUGAGAGCUCACAGUAUUCAGGAUCAUAUACCUAUUCAGCUCCGUAACUACACUGACUCGCAGGAGCUCGCUAGAAUUUCAAAAGGGUCAUUCUCAGUCCUAUCUGAAACGGCCAGUGUUUGAUCUAGAGACCUUCUGCAUGCAAAGCAGAUUCUCUACCACUGGGCUACAGCUCUUCUCUUCCGCACAUACUCAACAACUCCACAUAAUCUGAGCAUGUAGGUUUUCCCCCUUCAUUCAUUUGUAAUCUGCCCAGAGGACUUUAAUUAUUGGGCAGCAUCUAAGUGGCAUAAAUAAAUAACAUUUUAAUUGUGCCCUCAAUGACCCAAUACCCUUUUUGUGAAAUUCAAAAGAAAAGGAAAGAAAAAGCAAACCCGCGAUUCCAUGUGAUUGUAUUUGAAACAGUACAGAAUUGUUGAAUCCCUUACCAUAGGAAGAAAGCAUCUAUCUAGCUUGUCUGUCUAAUGUUCAUUCAUUUGAGGAUCUGUGUUUGGGGAUGGAUCUAAGCAUGUCCAAAUCACACAGGUGAACUCCCAUAUGCCUGACUCAGCUUCCGGUCACCCUGCUGGGACAAUAUGUGAAUUGUCCACAUUAAUCUGAUUUGGAACUAUAAUUUCUCUUCUAGAGGGGCUACGUUAGGGGCUGCCUUGUACACAAUCCACUGGGAUUGCCUCUUGGAAAGGAAUUAAAAUUCCGAUUUGUGCUGUUGCUCCUCUUCUCGCGCAAGGAUGGGGAACCACAGGUCUGGGAGACAAACACAGCCCUCCAGGCCUCUCUUGCGGCUGUCCCCACCCACCACCAACGAGUGACCCCUGGAAUUUGCCCAGAUGGCAGGGUGCCCCCCCCAAGACCCCAAAAAAGUUCCUACCCCUGUCAUAAUGGUUUCGGUAGGGCGUGUGCAGGCAAACCACCUUUUGAGUUACGUCCUAUGCUAAUCUUUACACAAUGAGAUCACUCAUCUGUUAGGAUGAUCAGGAAAGGAUCUUCUUUGGGUUGGGGGGCUUUCUUCUCCCCCACCUCUCACAUGUACUUGUUGUUGCAUGGGAGCCACUUCCUUCUUGUGCAAUCCUGUACAGGAGGGAGCAUGACAUCUGUGGGGGGGAAGACCCAGCCAAAAUUUGUGCAUCAUGCGGCUUGCCAGCCACAUGGGACUGCACCCCAGGCAACUGUCUCUUUGGACCGGAAAUCUCAGAUUGGUGUGUGUUUGUGUGUGUGUAGGUAGGGUUUUCUCAGCUGCGGCUCCUUGUCUUGCAGAACUGCUUUGUUUGUUUUGCUAAACUCACACCCUGCUUUUCCUUGUAAAAUCCCUAAGGUGACAAACGACAAAAUGCAAUUAAAAUACGUGGUCUAAAAAAAGUGACCAAUGAUUAUAACAAUAAACAUAAUAAAGAACAACACAGUAAAAACAAUGUGACAAGUAAGGGCCAUUAAAAAAUAUAUAUCAGAAAAUGACAGCUAGCGAAAAACAUGUUAGAAGAAGUGAAAAUAUAUAUGUUUAUGGAGUACUCACUCCAAGAAGGCACACCUGGCUCUAUCACUGUUCAUUUACAGGCACCAGGCAAAAACAUUCAUCCUCACCCAGCCCUUUGGAUCUUCAUUUUUUGCUUAUCUUCUAGUUAGGUGGGUUUGAGAUGGAUUGGGUAUAUAUGUGUGUGUUGUAUUUUAGGUUCUUUUACCCAUGUUUUUAAUGUGUGUGGUGGUUUUUUUUUGGGGGGGUUACAAGUUGCUUUGAGUUUCACUUUUUGGGGGAGUGGGAAGUGGCUAAUAAAGACAAUUAACAGUAAUAACAUUAUCCAUUAUUACUAUUAUCAACAGCUCCACAGGUGGUAAAUAGUUAUAAUCCUCUAAAACCACCUACAUUAGAGGAUUGGUUAUCUUAAGCGUGGCGAGUGGUACAAAUUAUAAAGAUACAGAGAAGGGAAAGUAGGCAACUUACUGGUCAUUUUAUGGACAAGUGUAGCCUCUUUAUAAUAUAGUUUGGCACCACAAAAUGUAAGAUAAUGUUGAACUGCACACAUUGCCCGGGACAUUGUACUUUUUUUGUUCAGUGGGUCUGGUCCGAGUAUAUAUGAGUUGUAUUCAGUGCUAGUUCUCGGACCAGACCCACUGAAAUUAAUAGUCCUGUCAAACUGUGGUCCAUUCAUUGCCAUAGUAAAACUUCAUUUGAAUAUCAUUCAUUUCACUUAUCGUUUAACUGUAUCCUUUGCUUUAUAUCUUUCUCACGUGGUUGUUUCUUAUGUCUUCAGUUCUGUAUGGUGUUUCCCCCUCCUAAACAAAUAAGUAAUUUUUCAAUACGGUGCAGCAGAGCAAGACAAAUUAGCUCAAUGGGUCAAACACCUGUUUAAAUACUAAUUAAAAAAAGGUUUCUACUUGUCACUUGAAAAGAACCCGAAGGUUAAGCAGACCUUGCUCGAUAGGGAGUUCUGAAGUUUGUACAUACCUAGUGAGAAGGUCUUCUCUCAGGUUCCUGCCAAAUGCACAUCAGAUGGUGCCGGGUGGGACAGGAAAAAAUGGGUGAAGUCCUUUCUGAAGGACCUCAUCACCCAAGCAGGCCGCUGGUCUGUGGAAAGUCCACUUCCACUCCAAUGCUUAGGAAGCAAUACAAGGCAUUUUUAUUAAAGUGUAUAUCUGGUGAUCUUCCAUAAGCAAGUUCUAUAUUUUAGUAAGGUCAGGCUACUUGAUGAAAAAGUGGUAUUGGAAGACCGGACAUAUGCUAGAACAUUAGCAGUGGCAAAGUUUUUAUCAGUGGUUGCAAGAACCAAUGAUCCCUAUAUUCUGAACAAAAUGCUUGUUUAACCUGGAGGUAGGCUGUAUGAAUUGUGUAUUGCUUUGUAAUGAUUCGUUGGGUCUCUGGACCAUAAUAAAGAUUGUUGUUGUUGUAAAGUGGUAUUUUGAAAUAAUUCUUAGUUUUGGAUUGAAUCAUUGUGCUGGAUUUUUAAUGUUUAAGCAUGGUGGUUGUUUUUUUUACCGCUGGAGAGUUUUGUAAGCACUGUAUAUAACUAAAUGGAAUGUAUCUUCAAAUAAGGCGGACAACGUAAUCCUAUGCACAUAUAUGCAAAAGGAAGUACUGUUGAUUUCAGUAGGGUUUACUCCCAAGUAAUGUGUGCAAAGGACAGCAGCCCCAAGUUUCUUGGAGAUGUUGUCCUGCAGUCAUCGUAGCCCCUUUAGAAGACUGCUUUGCAUUAUUCUGUUUUACUCAAAAUACUUAUUGUGUGGCUCAUGAAAUGAACCUUAAAACAAGUGUGUCAACAGUUUCUGUUUCUUUCUAGAACUUGAGAAAGACAGAAAGCUCGUUUUAAAAUAGCCAUGAACAUUAAAUUUAAGGUAAUAUGUAGACUGGCUUUAUUUUAUAAAUAAAUAAAUAAAUGAAUGACUCUCUCUGAUUAAAGAGUGUAUAUAUAUAUAUAUAUAUAUAUAUAUAUAUAUAUAUAUAUAUAUAAAAUAGGCUGAAAAUAAUUUAAAAUAACUUGUAGAAAAAAAAGAGUUUUUGCAGAUGUACAGUUGUACUUUGUCAGGUCUUCACAGACCCCGAUGCUGCUUUAGUUAGUUAGGAAGCUAAUUGGUUAUAUUUACAAACGAGAGUGCUAGAAGAUUUUUUCUUGGAAUUAAGAACUUUUAACUUAUUUUGGAAAGAAGAACUUUCAAAGUUCCCCGAUGAGUUGGAUGGGGUUCACUCCACUCGCCCCAUCUUCCAAAUCUGUCUAAAUAUUUUGUUUUAACGUCUAAUCUCAUUAUGCUCUCUUUGUGUUUAACUUGUAUUAAAAUCUGUCAGCUAUGACUGGUCUCAUAAGCACAGUCAGCGGACCAGAAUAAGUUAAUUAUUUACUUGUGUCACUAGUACUCUUCAUCUAAUGAAAUGCACAGCUGUGUUAGAUCUGCAGUUGGACGUCUCGAUUCCAUUGUUAUACAAGUCAGCAAAGGGUAGAAGCUGCUAUGAUGGAGGGGCCUCGGUUCUUUCUGCUGUUCUGCCUUUCUGUGUCGAUUUCAUGGAUCUUUUAUCAUUCACUUUCACACAAAACAAACAACACAGCGCCUGUCUGCUAUGGGAACCGUCUUGGCAUAUAAAAGGGUUUCCAGCGCCUGAAGUAAUUUUAAGUUAGUGCAGAUUUAAUUUUUGGCUUACAGGUGCCCUUUCCUCCUCAUGCAACCAAACACAAUUUCCUAGUUUGGAGGAGGGGGAGGGAUGUAUGUUUGGCCAAACCCACAAUUUAAGUGGGUGUAAAUUUUACGUCGUAAUUCUUUUGCAUAUUUUUCACACGUGAGGAAAUUACUAAAAUGAUUUUUUUGUGGGUAUGGUGUUACCACCAAAAGAUUUUUUAUGGCGAGGAUUUUUUAUGGGGUAGGAACCAGUAAUAAUGGUAAAAAUCAAGUGUUUUUUUAAAUUGAAAAACACAAACUAUAGAAAUGCUUGAUCUGCUUCUUUCAUUGCACCGAUCCUUCCACAUACUGUUAACAGCUAUCCCAUGCACCUAGGCCCUAUUCUUAUUUUGUGUGUGUGUGUGUGUGUGUGUGUGUGUGUGUGUGUGUGUGUGUGUGUGUGUGUGUGUUUAAUUGGGCAGUGGAUGUUGGUGUUUUCUGACCAAGCCCUAGUAUCACAAUCUCUUCUUGCCCUUCCCCGCAAGUGCCUGGUUGAGUAAGCCCUUGUUUAGAGAGUGCGUAAACAUUGCUUAACCUUCUCCAGUCCAAAACUCUUUUCUCCAGUUAUAAAAUGUAUUGCCCACUUCACUGUACAAAUCUACAAACUCUAAAGUAUUUUAAAACAUUUUACUGUGCCGCUCAGCUAGUUUUUUGCCCACCUGUAAUAAAGCCACCCUACACAGUGAGAAAAUUUGGUUUGCAUAGACUUGGGAAAGAAUAGAUGUUUUGUUCUAAAUGUUUGUGGUUCGAUUGUAUGCAUCCUUGUUUUUUUUUACAAACACAUACGGUUUUCAAGUUAUUUCGACGCAUGUAAUCCAAUAUUGCUAAUGUUUCCCCAACCUUCUGCAGGGCAGGGAGGGAAGUUCCUUUUACAAGCAGAAGUCCUUCCCUCUGACAGGUGGACCAAAGUUGUACCCCACUCAGUAAAUAAAGACAAGGAACAUUAGAGGAUUCCCCCACUCUCAAUUUCCUCAAAAUUUCUGUGUUGGGCCUGAGUUUAGAAGGAAUACAUGUUCUGGGGUCAGUAUCUCAGAUAAAAGCAUCUGCAAAAUAGCUUGACUCUCACAAAGUACAGAGUAGUCUGGAUUGUAGGAUGCUAAGUGGUGGUGUUAAUCACUGCAAAAUGAUUUUUUUUAAGUUUACAUCUUUCAUUUAUCCUAGUCAGUAUUGUUAGCUAUAUUUCUAUGAACACCUUUAGUAAGGGAAUGUCUGCUUUUGAGUGAACUAUUUUUAAUUGCAUAGGCUAAAAUAGCAUUUAACUCUUGCCCAGAAACAUCAUUUUGGCUCUGCAAAAUGAAUCGCUUGCUUUUGUCAUUUGAAAAACCUGUAUAUAUUCUGUGUUUCAGGGGUUUGCGGCCUGAUUAUGCCUCAGGAGGACAUGCCAUUUUGUGAUUCAGGAAUCUGUCCUGAUAUUAUCAUGAAUCCCCACGGCUUCCCAUCUCGUAUGACGGUUUGUAACAUUUUUACAGUCCUUGACAUUAAUGCAUUAUUAAAAAGUGCUACUUACCCUUUUGGGGUAAAUAUCUAUUUACUAUCAAUAAAAGAAAAAUGCAAGUUUUUACACUGUGCAUUAUUCUUCAUAGGGCAGAAGGUGGAAUAGGAAAGUUGUGUAUCUUGACAGGUAGUGCUCUCCAGUGCUGACAGACAUUGGUCUGGGUGGGAAUAACAUGAAGAGGUUCAGGAGAACUGUUUGGCUAAGUGCCAGCUCAAAGGCAACAAGUGCCCUCCCCCAUGCCCACAACUCAGGGUGCAUAGUACCCAAAAGCCAACCUAGUAAUUUUGGUACCUGAUGCUGAAAAUUUCACAACCUCUUCUCCCCUUCCUUGAAAUAUAUAUAUAUUUAUAUAUAUGUGUGUGUGUGUGUGUGUGUGUAUAUAUAUAUAUAUAUAUAUAUAUAUAUAUGGUAACAACAUGCUGCCUUUUUAAAAUAUCCAAAUUCAAUCUACCCGAAACAGCUCACUUGUUCUACCUAACAUUGGCCAUGAUUACAGAAUAUAGGAUCAACUUCAGGUUUCUGUCUGGGGUCUGAAAAGCUGCUUUAAGUAUGCUCAUGGGUUUGGGACAUAUUAAUUGACUGAUUAUUUGAACGGCAGCCUCCCCUUCCACCUCAUAGGCUGCUUGCUGCUGAAAGUCCCUUCAGUUUGCCAUGCAACAAGAGACACAAGCCCAAUACAGUGGUGCCUCGCAAGACGAAAUUAAUGCGUUCCGCGAGUCUCUUCGUCUUGCGGUUUUUUCGUCUUGCGAAGCACGGCUAUUAACGGCUAUUAGCGGCUUAGCGGCUAUUAACGGCUUAGCGGCUUUAAGAAAAAGGAAACAAACUUGCAAGAACUCGCAAGACGUUUCGUCUUGCGAAGCAAGCCCAUAGGGAAAUUCGUCUUGUGGAACGACUCAAAAAAUGCAAAACCCUUUCGUCUAGCGAGUUUUUCGUCUUGCGAGGCAUUCAUCUUGCGGGGCACCACUGUAUUCCCUUGGAUAUGCGGGCCUAGGAGCCUGUCUUGUUUGGACUAGUAUUUGCCCACAGGAUUUUGUUUAUCCUCGUCAGUUCCUUCUCUUUGCACCUUAGACAGCUGUAGGGAGAAAUCUCUAGAAGACUACAAUAUUUGGAGAGGUCUCGCCAAACUUAAAAUACUUACUUUUCUCUGCUUUCUGCUGCAUAGGUGGGGAAACUAAUUGAACUUCUGGCCGGAAAAGCUGGUGUCCUGGAUGGCAGAUUUCACUACGGAACUGCAUUUGGCGGGAGUAAAGUGAAGGACGUGUGUGAAGAUCUUGUGCGUCAUGGGUAUAACUACCUGGGGAAGGACUAUGUAACAUCUGGCAUUACUGGGUAAGAACCUCCUGCAGGCGACUGCUGUGCUGUGUACAUGUUCCUGUUUCUAAUAUCUAAUAGUGCCAUGUGUGCAUAACUUUAAUGUGAAUAGCUGCACAUGGUUUUUUAUUAUUAUUUUAAAAGAACCCUGCCACUAGAGCAUCAAACAAAAUUAAGAAGCCAGCUUCUUCUUGCAGUGAGGUUUUUUUUGUCACUUAAAAUACAAAAGUUCUAAGCAGUUUUGGCAGAGGUGCAGUGUGCUCUUAGAAUAUGAUUAACAGCUUUAAACCAAAUGCAAUAGCAAAAUACAGCAUUGAAGGCAGGUGCUUGUCCGUUGGGAGUUUUUGUGAGCGGCUUUUGCCAAUUGUGGAGUCGGUCUGGCAUAGUUGGCUGGUCUGUUAACUUCCUGCUGUGUUGAUCAGACUGUCUUCAGAGAUGUGGAGUUCAAAGGAAUAUGAGAAGGUUUAGGAAGCAAGACAAGGCCAUAUGGCCCAACGCGUCUGUGUUUUUAAAAUGUAUCUUAAUCCUACCUUUCUAUUUUCUACCACAUCCUCCCCCCCCCCCCACUCUAACACCAACAUAAUCUGGGCCACUAACCUGUUCCAUCUGUCAAUUCUUCCUCUUUCAUAAACUAUAUAUUUGCUUGUCCUAAAUCUGGUUUGCUACUCCAGUUAAGGAUAGGGGAAAAUACAUUUAUUUAUCUCAAUGAACUGCAGGUGUUUUGUAUGAAUCUCUUAAUGGUAUGAUGCAUUUACAUUUUAAAAUGUGCUGUAAGUCACUUGGAGUCCUUUCAGUUACAAGGCUAAUAGAUGAGGAUGAUCCUAGCUGAGAAACAUGGGCAGUAUGACUCCUUUAGAGAAAUUAUGCAGGGUGGAAAAUGUUUUCUUUUCCCCACUGUGUUUUUUGAAAUCCUCUAAUUUGUCUACAUUUGCUUCGGGUGCCUAAAACUGCUUCCCUUCUCCCACACUAUCCUUUUCAGUUCCAAUAAUUUUCUUGAAGGUCAUGUAACAGCAAUGGAUUGCAAUUGUACCUACCAAGAAUUCAGGAGCAGUUCCACAUGCCAGCUUAUAGACUGACUUAGACUGACUUAAGAGGAUGACUUAUGGAAACUCUCCCAUGACCUGGAAUCUUAAUAGCUGGAGGAGCUCUCUUGAAGCUAUUUAACAUUUUAGUUAUUCUCGGAUGUAUCGACAGAGGUACAGUGGUACCUCGCAAGACGAAUGCCUCGGAAGACGAAAAACUCGCAAGACGAAAGAGUUUUUCGUUUUUUGAGUUGCUUCGCAAGACGGAUUUCCCUAUGGGCUUGCUUCACAAGACGAAAAACGAAAAAAACGAAAACGUCUUGCAAGUUUGUUUCCUUUUUCUUAAAACCGUUAAUACCCAGGGUGACUUCGAGGAGCAACUCAUAGCACGCGGUGUGGUAGCCUUUUUUGAGGUUUUUGAAGACUUUGGUGAUUUUGAAGACUUUGGGAAACCGUGCUUCGCAAGACGAAAAAAAUCGCAAGACGAAAAAACUCGCAGAACGAAUUACUUUCGUCUUGCGAGGCACCACUGUAUCAUCUUUCCCUGCCCCCAUGAACUGCAGAUCAUUCCACUUCUUCCAUAGAAAUCAAUGAAACACAUGCUGCUCCAGUGAGCUGUAUGGAAAGCGUUCUUUGAUCACAGAGCAGUGAGUGAGAGGAAAAGAGGCACUCGCCAUACCCAAAAUACCCCUUUUGUCCACAGAAUCUAGGGCAGAGGAGGAGGCAGGUGUACCAACCCCUGUCAGGGCCUUUCCUGCUUCUGAGGCUACCACGUUCCAUUGUUCCUGCUUCCUUUCCACUUCCGUUCCUCCCAUCUUCUGGCUCUCUCCCUCAAAUACCUGCAUCAAAAGUCUUUGCCAGGAAUUUCUUCUGAAAGCUGGUUUGGGUGGGGGGAAGAAGAGAGAGAUUAGUUUGGCUGACUUGCUGUGUGUAGUGUGAUGCCUGCUUGAAGUCUAGAGCUCCAUGGCAUUGAGACCCUGAAAUAACAAGCUGUUUGUAUUUGCAGUGCACCAGCUCUAGGGUUCUUUUGCACCAUGAUCUGUGUUGAAUCCUUUAAUGUUUUGCAAGAUCAAGUGUCUGGCUGAAGCUUCUCAGGACUUCAAGGGUUGGCUCCUGAACUUCUCCAUGGGUUAUUUCUGAAGGGGGUGCAGAGAAUGUGGUCCACUGGAAGCCUAGUAGUUGGCGAAAGUGUAGUACUUGGGGGAACUGGGAUUUAUCCUACUCCCUCUCACAGUCACUAAUACCUGUUUUCCUUUUUGUAAUCUCAUUUAUAUAAACAAUGCUUUCUUAGCUUCUCUGAAAGAAACUUUCUUCUUCCUUCUCAGGGAGCCAUUAGAAGCCUACAUCUAUUUUGGGCCAGUGUAUUACCAGAAACUGAAGCACAUGGUUUUGGAUAAGAUGCACGCAAGAGCUCGAGGGCCCAGAGCUGUCCUUACCAGGUAUGGCAGAGACAGGAUCACAAGCACAAAUGCACAACACCAAAAGGCAGCCUUCAGGUCUGCUCCAUUUCUCAACAGCUAUAGCCACGUAGAAUCUUGCACAGAAUGCAAAGGCUCUCCGCUUCAGCUAUAGCUUGAAAAAAUGUAAACGGGUCAUUUUGAAGCCAGGGAGUGACAUGUUGGCGUUCUUUGAUUUGAAAAGGGGGGGGGGGGAAUCAGGAUGCUACUUAAAAAGAAAAAAUCACAAUUCACAUAGCAAGUGGAGAGACAUUAUUAUUAUUAUUAUUAUUAUUAAUAAUAAUAAUAAUAAUAAAAUUAUUUAUUUCCCGCCCUCCCCAGCCGAAGCCGAGCUCAGAGCGGCUAACAACAGUAAAAUAUACAACAUUCUAAAAUCAUUUCAUUAUAAAAUCAGCUCAAAUCAGAUUAAUGACAACCAUUGGGCUAGAGUUCUGUGAGGAUUGCCAAAGGAGGGGGUCAGGCUGUGUCCUGGCCAAUGGCCUGGUGGAACAGCUCUGUCUUGCAGGCCCUUCGGAAAGAUGUCAGGUCCCGCAGGGCCCUAGUCUCGUGACAGAGUGUUCCACCAGACUGGAGCCACAGCCGAAAAAGCCCUGGCUCUGGUUGAGGCCAGCCUAACCUCUUGGUGGCCCGGGACCUCCAAUAUGUUUUUGUUUGAAGAUCGUAAGGUCCUCUGUGGGACAUACCAGGAGAGGCGGUUAGAAGCGGUGAGUGGUCUUCUAGCUGAAUCGAAGCCUCUUCCCAUUCUUCUACUUCUCCACACCCAGUUGCCCUUUAUAAGCCAAAUGAAUGAGGACCAGGAAGCAAUUCAUGCCCCUUUUCUGCUGCAUGUGCCUCCUCUUAGGCCAGCCUCAUUCCUUUUGGAUCAUUGGGCCUAACUACAGCCUUAAGUUAGACCAUACAUAUGAGCCUUACAUUGACCGGGGAUAGCCAGUGUCAUGACCUCCGGAUGUUGCCAACUACAACACCCAUCAUCUGUUACUAUUGACCGUGCUGGUUGGGGUUCAUGGGAAUCCAUUGACAUCUGGAGGGUCCCAUGUUGGCUAAUCCUGCUCUAGACUCCUGUUGUAGAGAUAGACACUCUUUUGAUGCUGAACAUUUAGCAGCAUUCUGAUGUGGUUUAUUUUUGGGGGUGGGGGGGUGGGAUUACCUGUUUCAGUGGGACAACAUUCCCAAAAGUCUCUACCUGUUUGAUUGAAAGGCAACCGACGGAAGGCCGCUCCCGUGAUGGAGGCUUACGGCUGGGAGAAAUGGAACGGGAUUGCCUGAUAGGCUAUGGAGCUAGCAUGCUCCUGUUGGAAAGACUUAUGAUUUCGAGCGACGCGUUUGAAGUGGAUGUGUGUGGCCAAUGUGGAUUGUUAGGCUACUCUGGCUGGUAAGCAGACAACUGAAUUUUUAAUGUUUCAAUGUGGUUUACCCAGUAGCUUGCAUAUGUGUGUGGUCCCUGCUUUUACGUUAAGUGAGAGCUUUCCCUCGACAAAUGAAUGUAAUACGGUGCUUUGCACAAGUUGCAUUUUGACCUGUGACACAGAGGAUACUUGUAAUGCCAAACUCGAAGGAAGGUAGCUCUUUACAAGACUUUUUUUAAAAAAUGCUAAUAAUUUAUUCUUGGUAUUAAUGUGAUGCCUGUGUUCUUCUUACAAAGCAAACCUCAAAGAUUAUUUAGUCCUUCUAGUCAGGGGUUUAGUGAAGUUUUUGUAGUGCCCGCAGAGCUUCUGGAUUAUGUCUUUACAGGACAAAAAUCAUUUAAAAGGGAAUUGGGCUCUCCCUUGUGUUUUUGGCAGAAGAUUAUCUACUUUUCUGGAGAUAUUCCAAAUAUAUAUAUAUAUAUGAGCUACCAUCUAAACUUAGGCAAACAAAAAGGGCUGAGUGUAGGAAUUGAGACAAAGAUGUGAUUGCAUGUAUCACCCAUGUUACAAAUAGCUGACUUAUCACAGUGCUUUCAGAAGAGAGGAGACCAGCUGUGUCAAUGUCCUUUUCUCAUCUAAGAUCCAAAUUAGACCACACUGAAAAGGCUGGCAAAAGAACUUAGUGGGACUAUACCUUUUGUUCAGUGGCUUGGACUCGUGCAGAGCAAAAGCAGAGGGAAGGGAUGUAACAGAGAUUGUGAGGGAGACUUUUUUUUCCUCCCUGCAAAUUUUGUUUGUAAAAUCAAGUCGCCCUCCCUGGUCUUACCUGUGUGCAGGGCUUUUCCUGCUUAACCUAGAAAAUUCUUGAAGCUUUUCUUCUUUCCCAUGGCACAGAUGGAAAAGGACUUAUAGACUGUUCUUUGCACAGGGCAAGACUCCUAUUGGCUUGCACAGCCCUAAAAGCUUUAUUCAGUUACUCUUCUUUUAAUCUUAAAAAAAACAACCAACCAACUAUCAAUUACAAACCACUUGCUAACCACUGGAUGAAUUGCUGUAGUGUAAUGGAACGUCAUGAGAAUUUUAUCUAUUUCGGGGGAAGGCACCUGCAAUAGAACGUUGGUAAACACUGCUGCUUCUGUUAAGGAUGUGAAAAGUCACUUUCUCUGGGAAGAAACCACUAUACAAGGCCCAGUGGAAAGGAGUACAGAGGGAGUGGUACUAAGCUGAAAGAUCAAAAGGGAGGUAGAGAGAUUAGAAGCUCAGAAGUGACUGGAUAGGGAACAGAUUACUACACAGUGUUCUCAAAACACUUAAGACCUGAUAAAUGGAGGCAGACACCUGAAGUAUUACUAAGGUAGUGGAAAGGGGAAAGGCUAUGGGUUGUAUCCAGUGCUGUGCAAGCAGACUUCCACUCGAGCAACAGAACCUCUACUUCCCCAGAAAUCUGCACUAAAGGGCCUCCCGACCUCCUGAAGCAGAGUUUUGAGGGUGCAUGGUGGGGGUUGGCUACAGGGUGAAGUCCCAUUACAUGAGCAGAAGUCUCCCCCCAUUUGCACAACGGCAACAUCGGCCCGAACCCUUUUCCUUUAGGCAGAAAACAUGUCAAACAAUCGGUGGGCUUCCUUAAAGGACUGUAUGCCACCACGCCCAGUUCCAACUCUGACAACCAGCUUUUCAUGCCAAGACAAAUUAUAUAUAUAAACCAUCAUCAUGUGGCUUUUCAGGCACCGGGCAUUUUGAAUGUCAUUUAGCUCUUUUCAUAAAGCUUAAAGGCUUUAAUUUAGACUCUCAUAUAUAUAUUUUCCUUUGGUAUUUGGUGGAUGUAGAAAACAUAAAGGCUAGCAUUAUACACGGCAUAUAUUUAUCUGCAAGUGCAGAAAGGGUUGGUUUUUUUCCUUGCAGCAAAGCAGAGAAGAUUCUGCAUCCUCAAUAUGCUUGCAGAUGCUUUGCCAGGUGUAGUAUAGCCUCAAAAGGAAGAAACGAGAACUAGAGGUUUUUAGAGGUCAGAGGAAAGCAAUUGAAGACUAUAAAAAAGACGCAUGUAGCCAUGGAAGGGUGUAGGAGCUUUGCUUCUUGAACAUUUGAAUUUGGAAUCUUUAGACUACUUUUCAUACUUUCAUAAGGGUUAUAAACUAGUUUUUGUUUUUUGUUUUUAACGCUGAGGUUCACAUGAUUGUGUCCGUUGUUGGGUUACGUUAAAAAAAAUUAAAUGAUAAAUAUUCAGAAAAUUACAAUCCAUAGCUAUGGCCACUUACUACAGGAAAAGAUUACAGUUUUAAGGGGAAUUUGAAGAAUGGCAUUUGCAAUUUCACAAAACUUGUUCAAAUGUUGUGAUUUGCCCUAUAUAAACUCUGGAAAGGCAUGCAAUUCUGGUCUUCUAAUGUAUUUACUGGUUGGGGGAGCAUAACCUGUAAUUGGGUUUCUUAUCCAGUUAUUAGGUUCUUAUUAGGUGAUGAUGUGUUCUGUCUGUCAAUAGUGGAAGCCAAGCAGCCCUGUAAUGAGCAACACAAUAGAAACUAGGCAAUUACAGCAGCUCCAGACCUCUGAAAUGGUCUUGGCCAGCUUUAGUGAGGAAUUGGUAUAUAAACAAGCUUAUUGCACAACACGACUCUAAAAACUACAUGGAAGACUGAAAAGGAAGGUGGCUAUUUGAGUUGCACGUAUCGCCAAGAACCAUCAACCAGAUAGCAUUUCUAGUGCAACUUAACAAUGGACAAUUUUGUUGGCACUAGGACUGGGCUGCUUCAAGGAGGGGACAGCAGAGUAGAAACAAUGCUAUCCAGAAUGUUUUUACUUUAUGCAAUCAUCAGCUAUGCGUUGCCUUAGUCCAGAAUUUCAAGCACUCAGCAAGGACGUUAACACCAGCCUUCCCCAACCUGGUGCCCCCAGACAUUUUGGACUGCAAUUCCCAUCAUCUCUGAUCACUGGUCAUGGUGGCAGGGGCUGAUGGGAGUUGCAUUCUCAAACAUCCAGAGGCCCCCAGGUUGUGGGAGGCUGCCUUGCCUUAAGCUGGAGUUUCUAAAUGCUUAUUUUGGAAAGCCAUUCUGAGAGGGUUGGAAUUGGUGACUAUAUGAAUGCAGCUGCCAAGGCAGAAAAUCCAGUAGAAUGAUGACGUGUUGAGCUAAACAGAUUUUUUAUUUCACAGAUCUGAAAGUAUUUGGCUUUCUGGGAAGCCUUCAGCACAGCCUCUUGCUCCACAUACCCUUUUGUAGGCAGGCCUAAGGGAAAUAAGCCUUCAUUCUUCACCUGCUGUCUUCCCUGUGUGGAAUUAUAGAUUACAAGCCCCUUGGGGCAGAGACCUGUCUCAUCAUUUGUAAAGCAUCAUGCACAUAGAUGGCGCUAUAUAAUUCACAGGGAAGUAGGAAAAGGAAUUGGAUAAACAGUGUGGGCCCAAAAGAGUGCACACGACCUCUUGGUCUUUCUUUCCAGUCGGUCGAAAGUGCAUUCUUCUUGACUCUGCCAUCUUCGCAUGAAGAAGCCCUGCAGUGGGAGGCAGGGCACAUAGAGAGGCGAUCUUGGAGUCUGCUGUACCACUAGCAAACUUCUAGGAACACAGGAAGUUGCCUGAUACCUCAGACCAUUGGCCCAUAUAUCUCAGCAUUGUCCACACUGACUGGCAGCAGCUCUUCAGAGUCUGUCCCAGCCCUGCUUGGUCUUGCUGGGGAUUGACUCUGGAACCGUCUGCAUGCAAGUCAAAUGCUCUACCACCAAGCCGCAGCCCUUGCCCAAAGCAGUUAGGUCUGUGCAUUAUCCAGAAAUGCAACCAAACUGUAUACAAGAGAUGGUUGCGGUUGAUAAAUUUUAUUAUUUAUAUUUGUCUUAGAAUCAUAGAAUUGUAGAGUUGGAAGGGACUGUGAGGGUCAUCUAGUCUGACCCCCUGCAAUGCAGGAAUCUUUUGCCCAACAGGGGUCUCGAACCCAUGACCUUAAGAUCAAGAGUCUCAUGCUCCCAACUGGGCUACUACACACUGAGCAAACAAGAUCUGUUGUCUCAUCUAUCCAAGCAACACUUUCUAGGAUUAGUCUUCAGGUUGCCAUUUUCUCUUCCCAACAUGCUGUGUAACCUGUUUUGGGUAGGCUCUAGGAUGAUGCCUAUGGGCAUUUCAAAGGCACGAUAAUGCCCAACUUAAUGGUCUCCUUAGAUGCAUCCCCAGCUACAUAUAUGAUCAACCCAGAGAUUCAGGAAAACUGACAUCCUGGAAGCUCUUUGGAAAUUUUCUAGCCCCCUUGCUCUUCUACCUGCGGUGGGGGAAACAGGACUCAGGCACACACGCCUCCCCCCUCUAUUGCUUCUGCUUCAAUGUGAUGCCAAAUGACUUGUGGGAGGAAGAUUUUAAUCUCACUACACAGGUUGGGGAGUAAGAGCCAAACAGCCCAAACCACCUUCUUUUUCUUUUUUAAUCAUCCCUAAAAAUGUAUGUGCUUGGCCGUAAUGAAACCAUGAGCAACUGAAUUAGUGGGCUCCCUUUUGCUUUUGGACAGGCGUACUCGGGGAAACCUGUUAAUUGUGGUGUGUGGGUGAACGUAUUGUUGUCUUUCCUCUCAGCUCCAGCAAGUACAGGUCUGGCCAUUCAUUCAGCACACAAAUUAGAUUGAGGGGGCGCCUCAUUCUUCACCCCUAAAUUGGAAUACCACAAUUAACAUUUCUGUGCCUCUGACUGAAGGUUUCCUUGGUAAUACAGGGCUGCAACAGAGGCUCGUACUGCAGUUAGGGGAGCACACCAGUUUACAUUAAACAUUUACAGCAGGUGGGCCAGUAGUGGAAGUAGGGUGGGAGAGGAAGGGAACUCGUACAGAAUGACCCUUCUUUGUAGACUGGAAUUAGCUCAUUAUAAGAUAAUGCUGACCUAUUUCAUACUUAAAAUGUAAUUUGCAAAGAGGUAUAAAAUAAUUACUCAAAAGCGGCACUUUUAAAGCCACCAGUCGCCAAAGUGAUACUAUAAUCCAGUUCCGAAAUUGCAACACACAAAUUCAGCAUCAGCACCAGGUGUCAUCAGGCAGUUGUUUGGGGUUCAGCACCCUGACAGGGAAGGACUGUCCUGGACCCCCCCCCUUUUUUUCUGGUGCUCAAGGGAAGAGCGGAGUCACUGUUUAAAAAUCCUACUAUGUCCCUGAAUGCUUCUAUCAUAACAGUUCUCCCUGGGAUUGUGGGAAAAUUAAAUAGAACUGCUGUUGAAGUGGGGGAAGAGUUGGGGUCUUGGUUAGGUAAGAUGCUAUUCUGUUCCUUGGCUGCAAAGGCAGCCAUUCUGCCCUCUGUAGGGAAAGUAAUGUAGUUUCCUUCUUCAGCUGUUCAUCUACCAUAGGAACAAUUUGCCUGGCUUUAUUUUACAUUCGGUUCAGCUCUGUAGUGCCAGUACACAGAGUUUAGCUCAUGGGUAGCCAACAUGUUGCCCUCCAUAGUUUUGUUGGACUACAACUCCCAUCAUCCCUGACCAUUGGCCGUGGUGAUGGGAGCUGUAGUCCAGCCACAUCUGAAGGCACCACACUGGCUAACCCUGCCUUAGGUGACCACAACUGGAUGACUUUGGGCAGAGCAGUAAUUCUUCAUAAAUAGCAGUAAUUAAGAGAGCAUGGGUCUUAUGAUUUGCCACCUUCAUUGGGGCAGCUACCCCAAGCUAAACAUUUAAAUAGCAGUUUCUACCUCAUAUCUGAGCACAAUUUGAAGUGUUGCUGUUGACUUUUUAAAGCCCUGUGUACCUUGGGAUCCUCUGUACCUGGAGGAACACCUGUUCCCAUAGAAACCUGCCUGUGUUUUGAGGUCACCAGCAGACUCUCUCCUCCAAGUGCUUCACCAUCAUAGGUGAAGCAGGUAGCAACCAGGGACAAAGCCAUUUGGGCGGUGAUGCAAAUACUCUACCCUCUCUCCUAAUUUAACAUUUUGUAAAUUAACCAAUAUAAAGGCUGAUUGAAUUUGAAUUGUUUUUUUUCUGUAUUUAUUUUAUUGCAAUUAAUUCUUAACCAACUUGGGAGGAAUUUAACCAAAAGAUGGUGAUAAAAUACAAUAAAGAAAUGGAUAUAUCUCUUUGUCUCUUUUACGUAAAUAUACAAUGACCUUGGUGUUUCUUUCCUAUCUUUCAGGUGCCAUUACUGCAAGUCCUCCUGUCAUGUGUCUUCCCUGCGCAUACCAUAUGCCUGUAAACUGUUAUUCCAAGAACUCCAGUCUAUGAACAUUAUACCCAGAUUAAAACUGGCCAAGUAUAAUGAAUGAAAGUGUUGAGGAAUGAAGGGACAAAAUGGCAAGCGGAAAUAUAAUCGGAAAGAGCUUAAGUGGCUUCAGAAGUGCUAAAACCGAAUUGGCCCCUAAUUCCUUACUGUUUUUUUCUUCUCUCUUUGACUGCGGGACAAUGCUGGAGAAGAACAGUUGGAAGCUGUUAGCGCAAAGACUCAGGCGGUGUUUAUCUGUGGCACUAAGCUAGGUGCCCCCUUCCACCAAGGCACUGGGACUAUGCAAACUCAGUUUCCACUUCAAAUGGAUGGAAGCACUGCAGAUCAGCCAUGCUUAGUGGAUUGCUUCCUUUGUCAACACAGUAUUUAAAUAUGUGCAUAAACUUAAGAGUGGGAACACAGUAUUGAAAUCAAUAGGAUUUCAAGGAACAGUUUUGCAGAGUCUUAACUGGUGCACAGUUUGGGGUUAGUGUAAUUGUUUUUGCACAAUGUUUGGGGUUUUUUAAUGAAUAAAAAAUUUCAGUUACAUUUUUCAGGUCUUAAGCUUUUGUGGUGUAGCAGUACUGAGAUCCUAUUAAGAGUGUCGGCUAUAGGUUCAAAUGAGAGGGGGAAUAGUUUUACAGAGCUCUCCGAAUAUAGUGCUUUAAGGAGGAUAUGUUGAAAUAACUUACCACCUUGUUCUUGUCUGUUUUGUGAUCUUAUCAUAGCUACUUGCUUGGAAAUGCUGGACAUUCAAGUCCUUCUGUGGCACAUUCCCACACAUCCAUACCUAUCAAUGGGUGGCUGUGACAGCUGCCUCCCAGCACCCUGGGUCCCGUGCUUGCAGGGGAAAGAAGAUCUGGCCACAGCAGACUACGCACCUGUGUCUUGCACCAUUUUAAUAACUUGCUGGGGGAAAUUCUCUCUGCUAGUGUGCCCUUUCUCCACCAGCCUAAACUCUAACCUUGGGUCUCCCUGAAGUCUCUCAAAAUAGCACAGUUUAUGGUUUCCAGACAUGAGGUUGUUUACAAUAAGCUGAGGCCACACAGGUUUAUGAAACAAGUCAACGGUAUACUAAGAUGGAAAAAAAUACAGAAUUUCAAGGAAAAAUGCAAAUUCAGCAAAUUCCCCAGUGGAGC